CAGGAAAGAAAGUCUGCGCCAUUCAUCCUCUCUUACACACAUUUAGACACACCUUCCUCCUCUUUCACUCGGAUACACACACUCAGACAGAUACGCUCAUUGAUCCUUAUGCACCAUUCACUGCAAUAUCUCUGAAAACUCUCUCUGCAGGAAUACUGUACAACCCGGGAUUUUUCUUUUUUUUUUUACCCUGCUUGGAUGAAAAUCAUUUUCGGUAUUUUAGGGGAUAUUUCCCCCCUGUUGACCAUCAAGAGGUCACCUGUAUGGGGAAGAUAAUGGUGAUUCACUUGUGUGCAGUGGUAAGUGAGAAUGUGUGGGCCCAUUUUGGGGCCAUAGUCAAAACCCAUUACUUUAACUGCACUUUAAUGUGGGACUUUAUGGAGAAGUUUUGAAUUCUUGACUGCCCAUAUAACCUUUGUUAUAGGCUAAGUGUCUGGAUUUGGGCCAACUAUUUUUACACUGAGCAUUUACCGCUGCUCUUGACAUCUCAACUCCUCAUUUAACAGCAUUACUUGUUGAUGGUAGAGCAGGUCGCUUUUUGCUUUAUAAAGUACAGUAAUUGCUGGAAAUACGCCUGCACUGUUAAUAUGCACUAUUCUCUUGCGAUACAGAACUCUUGCAUAUAUUAUUGUGCAUGUCCAUGAUUUUGCAGAGUGCACAGAUUUUGUGCCUCGAAACUCUAAAGGAGCAUUAAAUCAAUAUGCCGUAUGUUUAAAAUUUAUAACAGAUGUACAUUUUUGAAUGUACAUGAAGCGCAUACCAGGUUGUUUGUGUGAGAAACUGGCAGGAGGUGAAAGUAUGUAGAAUUAAUAUGGGACUUUUCCCUCCCAUGCAUAGACUUGUCUGUGCUCCAAGACCGCAGAUGCAAAGUGAUAAAGCGGAAGCGUCUAACUUAGGCGCUUUGUCUAAAAGUGUGGUUUCACCGCAGAUCAGAUUGAAUUUUAGCAAUGAUCUCCCAUCACACAUUAUACUUCUGUGCAGUGUGUGUGUGUGUGUGUGUGUGACUGUGUGUAUGUGCCUUUUCACUGCUUCCAGUUCCCACCUACAGGGAUAAUCCAUCCUGUGAAGUGGUGAGGUGGAAAAUGCCAUUAUGUAGAAAUAGCUGACAUGCAGUUUGACUUGCAGGGCAUAUGAUGUGUGAUCCAAUGUGUGCAAAUGUGUGAGGACAGGAGAUAGGGAGCAGAGAGUUAGGGGAGUAUAAGGGCCGGAGACAGUGAAGUUCAUUUUGUUACACUGUUAAAUCCUCGCAGGGCAGUGAUAAACUAAAGGCCUCAGACACAAAACACACAGCUUCUCCUGGGAGAGGCUGGACAGAGCGUGUGCAGUCCCAGCAUAGUGUGAAUUAUGGAUGCAGCCAUGGGUUUUUGAUGAGAUGUCAUUGCAGGCAUGUCAUCUCAAUAUCUAAUACAACAAAGUUGCUAUGUGUUGCUAAUUUAAACCAAAAUUUAUAUCAUAACAUUAUAAAGAAAAAAACAUUAUGAUGUAUUAUUGUUGUUAUAUUUGUAUUUUAUAAAAAGCAUACUGAGAUAAGUUCUAGCCAGUUGUUUGAGUUGCAAACGAUUUUGAGUUUGAAUUUUAAUGUUCUAGGCUAAAAGAACGAGAAGAUAGCUAGUUUACAACAAAGUUUUUUCUUGACUUUGUUUUGUUUCUCAUGAAAAACUGUUAAAAUUUUUUAUCAUCUUCACUGGAUGAAUUGCACAAGUGUUGGUAAUCCACUGACAUGUCCUGUAAUGACACCGUAACACUAUUAUUUAGCUCUUAACAUAGAUCUCUAAUUACAUACCUGCAAAUUUAAAUACCAGUAAUCUUGGUUAUUUAUUUUGUUAGCAUCAUCACUGUGAGCAUAAUUAGAUGCUAAGAGGUAUGGCCUAAUCUUUUCAAAUCCAUCAGUUCAAUUUUACAUUUAUGUCGAAACCAAGAUUCUGUUUUUACACUUCAUUUCUUCACACUGCUUCAUUUCUUCACAAGAUUCAAUCUUAGCUGCAGGAAACUUCUGACAACUCUGGUCUGCGCUCACUUGAAAAGAAGAGUCUUUCAAAGAUGUUACAUCAAACUGAAAGUAACGUAAAACUCUGUAGUUCUGAUCUCCUGCUGCUUUUUUAAGCUCCCUUGCAAACCUUUUUUAAAAAGUCCAGAAGUUACUGUACAUCUGCGCUCACUGUCAUUCAUCAAAAACUCACACAUUUGUCUGCUCUGCACUCCAGUAAUAAGAAGAUACAUGCAGGGGCAGAUCUUAGAUCUGCACUGGUAUGUGAGAGGGGGGGAAUGUAGGUUUUAGGCUGUGUUACAUUAGAGUUCAAAUGCUGCCAGCUCACUUCCAUCUGCACAGGUUGUAAACUCGUCAGCCUUAAGCUAUCUUGACUUUGCCAGACCAGGUGGUCGAAUCAAACUGAGGAAUUUUCUGUUUUCUAAAUGUUUCCAAUUGAUCUGGUUUGUGAUUUAUGCUAUUAUUACACAUCAUUUAUAGUUCUCAUAUGUUCUCUUGAGGAAACGUUGGAUGUGAUGUACUGACGAAAGACUGGAAAUCUAUCAAACCGAGUGAAAUCUGUUACGUUUCUAUCUCAUGAUGAACAGUUGAGUGGCAGCAGAUCUCUCUUUGAUGUUCUGCUUAUAAAUUUGCAAAAGCACUCAUACAGCACACACACGUAUGCGCUGGCACGCCUGUGUGGAGAUGUGUGGGGGUGAGGAAGCUAAUGUAAAACAUAACAGCUCGAGCCAUUUCCUAGAUCACAGUAAAUGCGUGGAGUGUGUUGCUCUCUGAUGGGGGUUCAUUCAUUUCAAAUGGGAUAAUCCGUUACUGCUGCAUGAUUCUUUUGCCAGUGCAUUGCUACUGAUUUAAGUGUGGGAUUUACUCAAUUUAGGCGCUGCUUAUGAAAACUGAAUCUUGUUGUAAGUCGUUCAGUUGAUACAUUUUGGCCAUUCUUAGUACACAACACAGGUUUUAACACCAAGGCGUUUGGCUGCAGGAUCCUUGCGGUGCAUUUGAAGUGGAUCAUUGAGCAGCGUAGAUGCAGUUAAGAUACCAGAAUAAGUUAUUACCAUUUACCAUUUUAUGGUAUACCUCCACACUUGCCUUUGAAUAUCACUUUUCAGGAUGCAGUCGCAAUGACUAUGGCCUGGGUUGCCUUAACUCAGUGUAUUAUACCAAGUCAAAAGCUGUAGCAUCAAGGCUAAUGUCUUUCAAGCUAUCCUGCAGAUUCCUAUAUCUGUAAAAGAACAAAAAAAGACGACAAUGUACCCAUUUACUCACAUGGACAGUUUAUAAUUACCCUACAUUUAGAUUCCAUGACAAAGACCUGAUAUGCUGCCAUUUCUUAGCACCUAAGAAACAUGUCCAUUCUCUUCAUAGCCUGACCAGCUAAUUCUUUACACCACAAAUGCGCAUACAUUUGAAGUCGUGCCACCAUAUUGCUGACAAAAACAUGAAACAAAACAAAACACAGAGUCGGUGUAAACUAUUCGACAGACUUCUUGCAUGUUACAGCACAUUUGCACAUAUUUGACCAUGUGCAUGGUAGUCUGCACACACAUCGGAAGCGAUUAGCCACGCUGUCUCUGUCUUUCUUCUGUAAAUAACUGUCUCCAAUGUGUGCAUCCCUGGGUAUGGCAGGCCCUCAGGGACUUUGAUUAAUCCUCAGUCCAGGUCAGGUGCACAUGGUCUGCAGGUUUAAACAGUCUGAGCACAUAGUACAGUAUGUUUGAACUUCAAACCGACACUCCUCUUUGACUGUGCUUGAACUCACACACGGUGCGAUGCAAUAUUUUUCUUCAAGCUACAUCAGCAGCAUGCUUUUGAUAAACUGCAAAUAUGAUUUUCAAGUCCCAUCAUGGAGAUUGAACAGAUUGAUCAAAUGUAUUAUGACAUUAUGAAUGAAGCUUGCUCGCCUAGCAGAACAAAACUUGAUUCAGCCUUAAUCAGGACUUGGCAGCCUUAUAUGAAGAGUCAUUUUCAAAUCAUGAAGGGUUGUUACUUUUCAGUUAUGUGUAAUGAAUGAUGAGAGACUGAAGCUUACUCUUCUGCAUGCAUGAUAAAGAUUUUCAUAUUCACAACUUAAGCUGAUCAUGUUUAUCACUGUCGGGGAGUGGAAGCAAAGCCCAGAAGUAUUUUAGUUUUUUUUUCUCCAUCUUUUUAAACUAACAUUAAAAAUUUGAUCCAUUAACGUUUAUUUAAAGCUCCUGUGAAGAGUUUUUCACUGGUUUGACUCUCUGACCUAUAGAAGCAGCAAGACCAUCAACUACAAGACUGAGAAUCUUUUGUUGUGACUUUUAAUGCCUUGAAAGUCUGUGUCUGUGAGGGUAAGUGUCAGAUAAGACCAAAUUUUAAUGUUUUUUCAGCAGCACAUUUUCAAAGCUUUUAAUGCUUUUUGCAAUUCUAAGAGAUCGCAAUCAGAUUUCUUGUCAAAAAACAUGGCAAAACCAGCAAAUUCCUUGUGCAGAUCUUAAUCUUCCAUCAAGAGCCAGUAUUUAAAUUUUUUUUUUUAAGUUAGAUACUCCCAUUCAUCAAAUCUUUGAUAAUAACUUGCAUCCUCUUUGUAGUUCAUAUUUCAUCCCAAUUUCACGUUUUUUUUUUUUACAUUCUUUAAGCUUCUUUUAAGGUACUUUUGUCUUAAAUGGAUCAAACAGUUGAAGAGAGACAGGAAACACAUGGAGCAGAAAGUUGGGGGUAACAUGCAGCAAGUUAUGGGGCUGAAGGAAGAGUCAGACCAGUAACCAUUGUAUCUGGAGCCUCAGACACUUUGACUGCUUUGAUAAUCUGUCCAAGCUUUUAUCUAGUUAAAUAAAGCAAGAAUCACACAAAUGCUGCUUAGUUGCGAUAGUAAGUUUCUCCUCACAUCAUGUAUCUGAAACUUUGAAGUCUCUGUCAACAAGAUAAAGCCAAAGUGCCUUCAUCGGAAACAUUCACUGUUUUAGGGAAGCAAAAGGAUUGUUUGGAGGCACAGCAAUAUGAACCAAGUUGACGAGAAAAAUCCUGUUUUGGCAGUAUGACGGUGUUUUGGGGUUCAGUGUAAAAGCACAGAAGUGGAGAUGUGCAAAGAAGGCGGGGGGCAAACAUCCAGGUUGGGUAUGGAAAAACUGAGUCAUAAUUUAAAGACUGGGGUAAUAACUUUUAAUGUACAGUAUGUGUAUAGUGUUUGGACUUCUAAUUGAUGUUUUUAAUAGCUGGGCUCAUAUUGGACAGUUUUAAAUCCCCACUGAUGCUUUCAUUUCUUCGGUUGAGUUGUAAAACUGUAACAGAGCACUCCAAUAAACUUAUUUAUUGUGCAUUGGCUAACAUAAUUACAACAUCAAUAAGCAAACAAACAAGAAAAGGAUUGAGUUUUUUUUAUUUACUGAAAAAACGCCAAGUGUCAAUAUUCGGUACAGCUGCUUACAAAGACAUCUUUCUUUGUUCAUGAAUUUAUAUAACAAUGUCACUGUAGAUGUUAAAAAAAAAACGGCACGUCUCUGCAGAGGCGUCUCCCAAAUUAAAAUCCACUGAUUAGGUUUUGUCUUCAAGUGCCUCUAAUGACUUUUUUUUCCACUCUCUAUUCAUCUGUGUACUUUCAGAUAAGAGAGAAGAAUUGAUGAUAGUAAAGUGGAGCUCAGGAAAGGGAUUUGAGAAGAGAAGAACCAGGAGGAGGAGCAGGUGAUCGAAGGAGGACAGGGAGGAAGGAAAGAGUAUGGGCCGCUCCUCUUUUUGGAUCUUUCUGUUGUUCCUUUCACUCUUUCAUCAGAGCGUCACGGCACAAGCUGAAGGUACGGUUGACUCUCCUACACUAAGAGAAAACAGACUUAAACAUGCAACGCAUACUUUCCCCCUAAAACUCACAAAUCUAGUCCAUCAUUUCUCCAGAAUUUCAAUCUGACUCAUUCUCCUUUCACUUUUUUCCCAUUUGUGUAUUUUGCAACUAUUUGAAGUAAGUGUCAAAUCCAGCCUUAUGCUAUCCCAACUUGCUAAAUUCUCAGUCAAAACCAUAUGUCUGAUUGUCAGCUCAUAUCUAUGACUCAGAUGCUUAGGCUGCGGAGAGGGCAGGUGCUCAGUGAACACAGUCUGUUCAAGUGCUCCGUCAUUAAGUCUCCACACAUGGAUUGGUCCUCGGUGAAGACACUAACCCAGCUCCAUUUUCUCUCACCAGACUGUGUCUAGUCAGGGGAUUCAAACAUCUGCUCACCUCCUGUACAGAACCGCACUCUGUCUGCCUGCCUGUCAAAAAGCAUCCCCCCUUAGAUACAGAACCUCACCCUCAGGUGCUAUUGGAUGUCACCAAAAAGGUCAAUCAGCCAAUCAAAAGUUAAGAUUCCCUCCACCUGGGAUGUGGUUGGCAGAACGUGAAUGGUAAAGUUGUUGGGCAGAGUUACGGAGGGAUAUAAAUAGCCCAAGGCCAUAUGUGCGGCUGCAGCAGCAUCCUUAUUACUGUAAAUCUUAAUUCACAUGCACAGAGUGUCUGUAAUACUUUGGGUCUUUCACAUACAGCACAUCAGAAGCUGCAUAUGGAGAGUAACAUCCAACUCUGCAGCUUUGUGGAGCUUUUCUAUCUUCAAAGUCAGUAUUGGUGGUUUUUCCCCGCUUGUUUCAUUGUUCGGUGUGACUCUAUAUGAACACUUGUGUCUGCGUUUUCUAUCACUCUGCAUUUGUGUUUGAAAGAAUGAGCAGGAAAGUCAAAUCUAAACAGGGUAAUUUAGGUGAAUGAACCCAAAGUCAAAGUCAAAGCAACAGCUCAUAAUAGCUGAGAAAACUUUGGCAACUCACCUACAGUAGUUGACACCAUGGUAUGAAGCUGCACCCAGGUCAUAAAUAAUAUGACAGAUUAGUUGAAACUACUUGUUGCUGUGCAUGUGGAGUGGCUUAGAUUACAACUCUGAUUCCAAAAAGUUGGAUUGCUGUGUGAAACGUACAGUUUACAAAUCAUAUAAACCUGUUGAAACUUGUCCAAAGACAGUAUAUCAAAUGUCAAAGCUUAAUUACUGAUGGCAGCCACAUGUUAAAAAAAAAAAAGUUUGGACAGAAUACUGAAAGAAUGGUGUAAUGCUUCGAGAAACACCUGGAGAAACAUCUCCGAACGAUUAAGGUUAAUUUACAACAGAUUUGUUACAUGCCUGGGUGGGGAAAUGGCAUUCCAGAGAGGCUGAGUCUCUUAGAGGUGAAGAAAGGGAGAAGUGAGAGACUUUAUGAGUAAAUAGUUCAACAAUUUCAGAAUGAAUCGCAGCAAAAACGUAAAGAAUUUAGCAUUUCAUCAUCUAUAGUAAAUAAUGUCUUUAAAGGAUCCGGGGAAUCUAUAAAAACCUUUGUACAAACAAGGAAGCUAUGAAAAUCAGGCCCUCAGGCAGCACUACAUAAGAAACAGACAUUACUCUGUAGUGGUAGUCACUGCAUGAGCUAAAAAUCUCUCAAAAAUCUCACAGUUAAACAAACAGAUUUAAAAUUGCUUCAUUCAAAGAAGAAACCAUAUACAAGCAUCAUCAAGAAAUGUUUGUGUCACCCAUGUGAGACAGACUGAGGUGAAGUCAGAAACCGUCCUGUAGUCUGAAUAAUCAAAUUUUGACACACACUAUGUAAAUGGUUGUAGUGGCGUCCUCUGGCUAGUUUACACAUCCGGGUUGGCCCCUUUAAAGACCCACUCUGAUGAAAAUCAUGUUUUUCUUCUUUUUUUAUAUGUUCAUAUAGCAUUUUUCUAAUGCUACAGGACGUAUCAUAAGAAAACUAAGUGCAAAAUUGCUUUUCUGAAUAUUUCUCACGGACUGUAUGGACAACUUGGUUCCGCCUUCCGCUAGUAUACGGAUUUGAAGCUGAAAGGCUCUCUUGUGGUAAAAGCGGUAUUUCCGCAUUUUUUUUCUCCACUUCCUGAAGCCAACGUUGCGCAGAAGUGUUGUACGCACUUCAUCACUUGCGCAGUAGCAUUGUGCGCAUUCGACGGGAGAGUCACUGAGAGUGCUGUGAUGACGCUCGGCUCAAACAGCUUAUCCCCCUGGGUGAGCUACGCAAUCUUCGCACAAUAGGCUGUAUCAAGUGCCAAUCAAAAACAUGAACUCCCUAAUUCUUAAAAAAAAGUCUUACUGUAACUACAUGUCAACAUUGCAAGCAGGGGGAGAAAAAAUUAUAUUCUGUGUAAUAAAUUUCUAAAGUUUGUCCACAGCUCUAUAAACUUUGCUGGCAGAGGCGGGAUUUAUGAGCUAUACCGCCGUCCGUCAAUAGACGGUGCUGUUCUCAGAAUGGCUUCACCCAGGGAGGAGGCAGACGCUGUCCAUUCUAUAUAAAGUCUAUGGAUUAUCUUCAUUCAAAUCACUGUGAAUCUCUGGCAGACCCAAACAGCAGGUUCAGAAACAGUGAGAUUUCAUACGUAACUAAUCCAAGCUCCGCCCCCGGAACCCCACUACUCAGGCCACACUCUGCAUAUCGAGGAGAAAUACAGAGGACAAUUUCGGAACAAGCGUGUGCGUUAGCGGAUUACAAUGCUCGUAAGGAAGCUAAUUUUGAUGUUAACUUUCAUCAUGUCCCAAAAGACAUGAGUGUCCGAGAGCUGAAUAGCUCCUAUGUGACCUGCCACUUCUACAACACCGACAAUGCUAGGCUGUAAACUAACGUGAAGACGUAUGAGCAGAGCAGCGCUGUCUCAGAAGCUAAAUGCUAAUCAUGUACUGGAGCUCUGCUGAAGAAAAGCCCUUGAAAAUGACACAGGUAAUGUGAUUUUUGGUAAAAACGUCUGUAUCACAAUUUCAAGACUACUGAGAACAUUUUAAGUAUUAAAAAAAAAAAAAAAAAAACGAUAGGAGUGGGACAUUGCAAGUCAUGCCAGGCUGAUAAUCAUGCUACCCAUAUUUGCCAAAAUUUCAUCCAUGAGGUCGCACAACAAACAUGUGGAGCCAAACAUUUGUGCCUACACGGUUCAUGAACAACAAUCAGUUCAGAAAGGGUCUCUGGGGUUGAUCCUAAUCUCAACUCUGCUGAUGAAAAAUAGUCUGCAUGGAUCUCUUGGUGCUGCUGUUUUCAGCCACAUAAGAAAAAGUAUGAAAUUCAAAUCAGAACCACAACAUUUGGAAUAGAGAAGUAGACAGACUUGCUUAUUUAAAGCACUAACCGCCCCACAUGGGGUGAGUACAUGAUUCUGGUAACAGAGCCCAGGGGAGUGGUUGUGUAUUUGUCACACUGACUGCGAGAAAUGCUUUUAAUAUUAGAGUUUUCAAACAUUUAAUAUUCCUGUCCUGCAUUCUGUGGCUUUGCUUACCAAUUACUGCAGUUUCUUCUCCUUCCAGAAGCAACUUUUAUAUUAAUUUGUCUUGAUAAAAUCUGAACCUGAUGGCCUUUGACUCCCUAGGACCUGCUCUCUCUGAUAGUUUACAUCUUUGCUCUUGAUCUUGUUGGUUGCUGAUUGCAGUGGUGCAUCAUUAUUCCUCAGACUUUUUUUUUUCUUUCCUAGCAGAAUUUUCUGCAGCGUUUGCUGUAGCCACUGAGCUACAUCUAAUGCGUAAAUCAAUGGUGUUCCAGCACAGAGGUGUACACAACCUUUAAGAUAUCAGAAAAGAUAACCUUCAAGAAAAGCAUUUCUAAUCCCUCGGCAUGUGCUGUCUCUUUAUCCUUGGUGUGUGGCUCUCACCUGCCAGCGCAGAUGGACAGACUUCUGGAUAAUUGAUCUUGUUUUUACUUUAGAUUGUGUCUGUCUGGUGGAGAGCAGCCUCCAGACUCUGCUGUGUUUUUUAAGUGCCUUUACAGAGACCUGUGGAAUAGAAAAUGUAGUCUUGUAAAUCAAACAGCCACAAGUGUAUACGAGGGCUUUCUACCUAUUUGAGAUUCAACUCAGGGCUUUGGUGCAUCCUGUUAGUUUGCUUUAGUGAUGAAAUAUAGCACACAAAAACUCCCAAUAAGGCAACAAUGGUUGGUCAACAGUAGUGAAGGCACUAAAAUGGCAUUCCCAAUGAUAUUUUGUUUCCUUGGUGUGUUGCCAGAGUUGUAGGUGUGUGAGCAGGAACAUAAUGUCAGGUCGCUACGGGCUGGAGACAUAUGUCACCCCCAGUGAAUCCUGGGAUUGCAGCCAAAGGAAGAAGGGCGAGAUAAUAGGGUCGAGAAGGCUGUGUAAUGAAAUAGAGGCAAGCAGAGAAGCUGAGUUAUCACUUACAGAACAAUCAGCGGUGCCUAUCUCUUAUUCACUAGCCUAAUCAAUGCUGUCGUCACUGUGCUUUAUUGCAUAUGUAAUGCCAAAAUAUUGACUCAGAGGGCUUUUGCACACACAGCAGCUUCCUGUAUGAAGCAAGUACAGUACUGAGAACGUAUAUGCAAGAGCUGCUAUAUGCAUGUGUGAGUGUGUGUGUUUGUCGUUGAUGCAUCAGCACAGCUUUUUAGUGUGUCUGGCUUUUUAACUUAACACAUUAAAAUGUGUCUGAAUCCUGCCAAACACAGCAGAUCCUUAUGUUAAAUGCGAUUGUUUGCUCGAGCAAAGGGACUGACCCUGAUUUUUGGGUGUGUUUACCUUAUUAUUCUAAGCGUUCCUCAUCGCUGUACUAAAGUUUUAUUGCUGGAGUGCUCAGAAUAUUGAUAGUCUCUUUGGCUCACUUGUGUCUCAUUAAAAAUUCAUGGGGAUUUGUGUGGGGCUUUGGCUGCAUGACAGGAGCAAGGGAACAGGAAUUUACCAACAUGGUGGAACAACACUGCUAUCUGGUGGCCAGAGCUGGAGUAUAAAACAAGUGCUGGUGCAUCUCAAAAUUUUCCUCAUGGAUUCCAGAUAUUUGUUCACACUUUAAUUCCCCCUUUUGUUGUUCUUUCAGCAUGCAGGACGGUGUUGCAGGCGGAUAUCGUGUUUCUGGUGGAUGAGUCAUGGAGUGUGGGUCAGACCAGCUUCUCCAGCGUCAAAGACUUAAUCUCAGUGAUCAUCUCCUCCUUCAAGGACAGUGUGAUGGGAGCUGAGGGGGUCCGCUUUGGUGUUAAUGUGUUUGGAGAUGUCCCAAGGUAAAACAUGAGCACAAAAACAGUCACAACAAAACAAAACAACACUUGAUUAAAGCGUUUUUCACCACUUUUCAUGGAGAAAACUUGUUUAACUUUGAUAGGUACACUAGAUCCAACAGUUACAUCAAACACAGUCCUGUCUUCUCUCUUUUUCUGUUUCAAAAGGAACAUUCAAAUUCUAACUUCCCACAUAAUGCAGUUUUGCUUCCUUGUAAUCCACUCCUUGCAGGAUGGGGAUCGCCUUGACAGACUACAGCUCACAGGAGGAGGUACUCAGAGCAAUCAAAGCCCUCCCUUACGAGGGCGGAUCAAGAAGGAUUGGUUUGGCCCUCCAGUUCUUGGUUGACACUGUGUUCAGCCCCUCCAUCAGUAGAGACCAUGCCCCGAAGGUACAGAACUUUAACCUGGGAUGUGUGAAAACCUGCUGCCUUUUGUCCACCAUGCUGCAAAUUUCCUCUGCACAUAUGAAUGUUCACCGAAGCGUUACUAAAUCAAUUAAUUUCACUUACUUUAGGGAAUAUCGGGAGAAACAAAAAGUCCCCAAACUUCUUUCAGGCUCAAACUUGUUAAAUGCAUCACAAAGUCUGGACAAACAAGCAACAAGGAAGUUACUGAUAUAAGAUUAGAGCCUGCACUGCAAAGCUUGCUGUUUCCAGCUGGCCACUCAAAUGCAUAAACUGUAUAUUCUGUCUGUGCGUGCAAGAAAAUAAAUCGUCUGUAUUUGUACUCGGAAGAAACAUGAUGGAAAAUACAAACAAAACAAACUGGUCUAUCAUUUUCCUUUCGCUGUGGAUCUGAUUUAACGGCCUUGCUUUACACUUGGAACAAAAACGGAGGGUAUGGUUGAGAAGAAGCUACAGCUGAAAACAGAUUUUGCUGUUGGGUAUAUCUUUUGUGAGGAGGAAGAAAAAGGUAGCAGUGAUAACUCCAACCCCCUGCUGAUAGAACAUGUUGACAGAGCAGGUGUUGAUAAGAGAGGAAAAGGAGAACCAGACACACACAGAAAGUCGAAUGAAGGUCUUCAAAAUGUGGUCAAGGUGGAGACAGACCAGCGGAUAUGUAGUAAGAAAUGUCUCCAAUCCGUGUCUUAACUUUUGACCCUCGACCACAUGCACUACUCAUUAAAAGUAACUGGACGUUUCUUAACUAAAGUGCUCUGUCAAAUAUCCCAGUGCGCUUCCAGCAGCUCUCUGUUUCUGUCAGCUAAAUUCCCUCAGAGCUCCACACUGUAGCGCAGUCUCGCUAUAACACAGCUGGUUUAGCAUUCCAAUCAUCUCUCCAUCUCUGAGUGUGCGUGCGAAUCAUCUUGCAGCAGCAGAAGCAGCAGCAGUGCACUUGACGUGGGGAGGCAGGGAAUUGAGGAUUAGGCUGAUAUAUUGAAUCAUACAGAUGGGGCACAUGCAGAAUAGCAGAUACAUUCUCAUAUUGAUGCCGUGCACCCCACUGAUUCAUUCAUUGACUGAGGGUUGAACUUUGAAUGAACCAUGUAAAUUUUCCAUUAUGGGCAAAUUAGCAGUCUCAGUUGCAGGUUAGCAUCCUCGAGUUUGACUUAUUUGAUUUAUUAAUGGUAUAUUUAAUUAUGAGUACAACAAAGUCUGCAGAGGGCUUUGUGCAUAGAGAUGUUUGCAGGAAGGUUCUGUUACUCCUAACGCAAGAUUGUUCUGAUGGUUGACAAACCUCCUUACAUUUUUAGCAAAACCAAACACACUUUCACCAAGACUGAAGGCAUCAUGUAUUAUUUGCAUCAAGAACUCAUUUUCUGUGCAAAAUGGUUGAUGAUUAUCAUACCAAUGUUGCAUGACUUUUUUUCUGUCAUAUUGCUGCACAGAUUGCCGUGCUGAUCACAAACGGACGCUCAGAUGACCAGGUUGACGACGCAGCGAGAGCUGUGGCUGACAAUGGGAUUUCUCUCUUUGCAGUAGGUGUGUGUAAAACUUGUGAAUUCCGUCAACAUCCUCACUGCAGCGUCCUCUCUGAUUUUUAUCCCUGCUCUGCCGGCUUAUCUGCAGUGUUUGCAGUUAGAAAUUCAUGUCCUGUACAUUUGAAUUCAUUGGAUUCAGUGUGAGUAUAUGCAAGAGUGUAACAUUCUCGUUCCUCACUGUGUGGGUGCACCCGUACAGGUUUAUGCACUGUGUAUGCACAGGCACACACACACACAACAACAACAACAUCUUCAAAAUAUGUAUGCAUGAAUAAGUGUCUAAUUCUGCUGUUCUGCUUCUGAUAAUAAGAGUACAUCUGCAAAGCUACAUUAUCCUCCACUGUUUCCCUUCCACAUAAACACACACUUGUUGUUUAUCUGCAGGUUUACUUCCACUAAUCUUGUUCUCCUACACAAACUCACGAGCACAGGUCCACAACUUACUCCUCUCAGUUGGGAGCGCCGCAAUAAUUACUGCUCAUUAGCCGAUGGUGUGCUAAUCGCAGCCAUUUUUCAUUAAGCGAUUCGGUGUCCCCCUGUUUGCACCUCUGACACUGAGGUCUGCUACUCUCGUUUAUCACUCUUGCGGAGAAGCUCCACAUGUGUCUUGUGUGGUGGAGCAAAACAAAUACGCCUGUAGAGCCUGUGCAGCAUGGAUGACACACGUAUAGAUGGAUGCAUUAUAAUCUGCACAUACAAGCAACUAUUAUAAAAGAUUACAAAGUUCUCAUUUCAAGUCAGUGUAACUCUCUGAAAAAAAUCGUGUGCUUCUACUAAAUGUCUUUAUUACUGUCUUUAUUUUCAAGAUGUUUGAGGUCUUAAAAGGGUCUUUAUCAAGUGUUUUUCUCUUCCCACUCCCACAAACUAGGGUCUGUCAAAUGCACACAAGGAAAUCACUUGAGAGAGGUGCCAGAGAGAGCUUGAUUAUCUGAUUAUGUCCACAUUAUGCAUCAAUAUAGAUCCUCUCAUUCACAGGACAUGAAAGAAAUCAAUCAAAAUGCAGCAGCUCCCCCUAGUGGUGGUUGCUAGAACAUAUGAUGAGAAAUGCAAAGAUGAUAAACACAUUUGUUGCUUUGAAGCUGAUUUUUCUAUUUUAUUUUUUAUUUCGUAUUAAUGAAUUAAAAUCCAUCCUAGAGAUAUCAGGAGUCUCAUCAUGCAUGGUAGGUCAGUGAGCACUGCAGCUGCUUUGUUUUGGCCAAACUAUUUCCUAUCUUUUCCCUCACUUUUUCUGUUGUUGCUAUGUUGUAUCCAGGUGUCAGGGGAGCCGAUGAGACAGAGCUGAGGAGGAUCGUGUCAGAGCCUCAUGAGGAGCACCUACUGCUCGGCAGUGACUAUUCUCUCCUGGAGACCAUCCUUCCCAAACUGUCCCGCAGGGUGUGUUUCACUGCCUCUGAACCACCGCGUCCUGUGAAGACCUACCAGCCGGGUGAGUUAAUAUUAAUACACACAGCAGGGAAGAAAAGUUAUUCUGACCAAAGUUUUAUUUCCACAAAAAACUGUCACCGUACUGACAGCUGUAUACAUGAAUUUAAUAUCAAACCAGAGCUUUUGGAAAGUUAGUGACAUUUCUGUUACAUGAUUUAUUCAUCUAAUUAAUCUUUACCUUUUCCUAAUUCUAGUCAAAGAGCCUGUGGUGGGUCCCAGAGACCUGCAGGUAAGCGAGGUGGCACACAGCUCCUUGAGACUCACAUGGACCCAGGCUACAAGUGAUGUCACCGGUUACCGUCUCCUAGUCACCCCUCUCAACGCCAGGGGACACCUCCUCUCCCUGCAGCAGAGACAGGUAAGGGAAAAAUCCUACCAUCCAGCCAUCUUUACGUUUUCUUGUACUUAUCCAGGGUUGGGUCUCAGUGGUGGCAGUUUGAGCAGAGAGUUUGAGAAAGUUAGCACAGACCUCCUUUGCCUCAGCAACAUUGUACAGCUCCUCUUGGGGGAUUCCAAGGCUGAAUAUGUAAUCUCUCAAGCUCUGGGUCUACCCUGGGGUCUCCUCCCAGUCGAACAGACCUGAACCACCUCAACUGGCUCACUUUGAUACAAUGGAGCUCCCUCUGAAUGUCUGACUAGGCCCAGACACCCUUCAUAGGGGACAACUAUUCACUGUAUGCUGGUGUAGCUGCUUUGCUAGCUUUAACAGUUGGCUGGUUGUUCUUUUUGUUGUUCACAUCAGUUUACCUUUGGAUUGUUUUUUCACCAGUGUGGGACUGAGUAGUUUUUGCACUUUAGAUCUGUUGCCUGCGAAUACAGUAAAGUUUUCAAUCACCUUGAUGCUCAAAAAUGUCAUCAUAAAUUAAAAAGAAAGCUUCACGUCCUCCGAGAUUGGAUCUAACGAGUUAAGUGUGAGGAGCACUCAUGUUGGGCCAGUCACUGUGUUUGGUGAGGGAGUCCUGAUUGAGAGCAGGUGUGGGGAGCUUAUAUAUAGUCCUUGGCUCCACUUCCCUGUGCAGACUCAUUAGCUCACGUUCUUGAGUAAUGAGGGGCUCUCUUUAUGCAUUCUGUUUGUGUAGAGUGGCUUCAUAAGCACCACAAGCCUGUUUGGUGAUUUGUUUAAACUGCCGGGAUAUGACUAAAACUCAAUAUAAACUUGAUUUCUAAAUCAUCCUCAGCACCUGGCCAUUUUUGAGCAACAGGCCUGAGAAAACCAUCAGUGUUUUGUUGCUGUAUCACCAUUUUGAAGCAGUAAGAGGAAAGUCUGACAGAAGACUGAGGAGAAACAAGUGAGAGUGCUGACUGAUGUAAAGCAGACACAUCGAUGAACUUUCCCCAAGCAUCACUAUGUUUCCAUUCGUUUUCCUCCUUUGUGCUACAACCUCAUUUCUUACCAAAACUGCAAGUCACCUCUGUGACCGGCUCUUCUACUAAAGUAAAAUUCACUGAGUCAUCUCUCAGAGCAGCCUGAGCUAUUUGUGCUGCUCAUCUGUGUUACUCUCCAAAGCCCACGACAGCCUGAAUUAAUGGGAUCAACAUGAACAGUGGUGUCAGCAUGAAUCUUAAUUUGUGCUUGUAUGCAUGUGUUUUUGUGAUAGUGCUGCAGUUUUUGCCCUUGACAAGGACAGGAAAUUAUGUAACAGCACCAAAAGAGGAAUGGUUUUAUUCCUGCACUAUGUCAUGAGGCACAACAGCUGCCUAAUUUCAAAGAAGUAAAAAAGAAGGUUUUGAACAGAAGUUUGUGAAAAACAUAAGGAUGAUAAUGGUGCUCUGAGACGCACAUUUGUUUUGGAAGUGACUCUGAAGCUUCCUUGAUUUAUGCUACUUCCCUUCACUUAAGUUUCUCUCACUCCUUCCUGCUCACACAAUCCUAAUUUCCUUCUCUUCUCUGUUUGUAACAGAUCGAUUUGAAAGCAGAUGUGAGCAGCACAGUCGUGACAGACCUGAGCCCUAAAACCGAAUAUUCCCUCACUGUCUAUGCAAUCUACCCCAGCCUUAUCGGAGACUCAGCAUCAAUCACAGUCCAGACCAGUGAGUGUCAAACAUCAUUCCUUUGUUCAGAAAUGUAUACAAAUACCUCAAAGCAUUUCUAGAUUGCACUUUUGCUUCCCCUCUUCCCUGAACAAUAAGUCUCUGUCUUUCAGCUCCUUUACCUCAAGUGUCAAACUUCCGUGUUAUUGAGGAGGGUCUGUUCUCUCUGCGUCUGGGCUGGACGCCUCCUUUAGGGAAGCUGGAGGGGUUUAAAAUCUUCAUCCCGAGAAGUAUGCAAACAUAAACAAACUAUAAUAAUUACUGUUGUUGUUUUAGACACAUUCUAGACCAUUAAAAAUAUUUUAGAAGUAGUUAUUGACCCACCUGUUUGAAUUUCUAAAUAUUGGUAACACUUAACUUGACGCCCAUCUCUAUAACACAUUAUAAAUGUUUGUACAAUGCGUUAUAAUCAUGUUAUAGCACUGUAUAACUAUAGUUAUAAACACUCAAAUGCUUUAUAGCAAUAAUCAUAACACACUAUGGAGCAUUUUAUCAUGACUCACAAGGUCAGGUAUAACAAUGUGUUAUGCUUAUUGUUAUAAAACCGUAUGAUAAUUAAUGAGUGUUUAUAAUGAUAGUUAUACAAGUUUAUAAGCAAAUUAUAACACAACAUAAAUGUAUGUAUAAUGCAUUAUCUAUGUGGGUAUUGUCAGUGAGUUGUUAACUGUUAAUACCUGACCUUGUAAGUCAUGAUAAAAUGCUUUAUAAUGUAUUAUGAUUUUUGCUAUGAAGCAUUAUGAUCAUUCAUGAGUGUUUAUAACAGUUAUAAACUCCUCUAAUGUGAUUAUAACGCAUUAUAAAUAUAUUUAUAGUGUGUCAUAGAGGUAGGUGUCAAGUCAAGUGUUACCAAAAUAUUCAAAAUAUUAUAUCAUUACAACCCAGAAGGCUAACACUUUAUUUAAACCCACUUUUAUAAGGCCUUAUGAAUGCAUCUAUAGACUUUAUCACAACCCUUAUGAGUGGUAUAGAGUAUACAACAACAGUGGUAUGAGUAUACAACAAUUUUUAUGAAGUGUUAUAAGCAGUUAGCAUAAUGUCCGAUAAAGAUAUGGUUUUUAAUGCUCUAUAUCUUAAGCUUCAAGCAUCACAGGCACUAAUUCUGUCCAAGUACAUUCAGUUUUGUUUUCAAUCUGGUGUUUUUGUUCUGCAGCAAACCGACCAGGAUUUACCUACGAACACCUGCUUCCUCGAGACACUUCUUCUCAUAUCAUUGACAGCCUGGAGGAGGAUAAGAAAUACAUCAUCAGUAUUUAUGCUGUCUACCCUCAGGGACCAAGCGAACCAGUUUCAGUCGUAGGAAAGACAUGUAAGUGCAUCAUACAUAGUAAUCAUUUAACAGAAAUUUCAAGAGCCUCGUACCUCCUCCAGCUGAAAUCAAUUUAGUACAUAUGUAAAGUACUUCAGAUACAGUUUGAACAAGAUUAAAAUAAAACAAGAUAGCAGAUAAUAUGUUAUGCCGUAACAUAACCACUGGAGGGCGAUGUUGUUCCAGAAAAAAAUACCCACUUGAGCUCAAUUACAUUCAGUAAGACUCUCAUUUAUCUCCAUGUCACGCCACACUAGAGACGUACCAACUCAAAGUGUGAAUGUGAUCAAUAUUUGUUAAUUUGUUAAUGUUACCACAGAAAUCUGAUUUGAUAAACCUCACUCUAAUAUCUAUAUAGAUCAUUAGAUCAGAGUCAAUAUGAACCAUUUGCUUGUGUAUUUUCUGUGUUUACGUGGAUGUGUGUGCUCCACAGUAAAACUUGUUCCAGUAAAGCAGUUCCUGGUCCAAAACGCCACCACAGACACCGUCCAGGCGAGGUGGGCAUCGGUUAGAGGUGCCACAGGUUACCGCCUGACGUGGGCAGCUCCAGGUGAUGUUGUUCAAUCUUUACUGCACUGAAUAUAAACUCUCAUUUUUGGUGAAUUCAAUUAAAUGUGUGUGAACUUAGAGGUUGUACACUUCAUUACAAUUAAAUAAAUCAUUGUUUUUAACUUUUUUUUCCUGUGCGUCCUCAAGAUGGUGACAUAGAGAACAUAAACCUCGGGGACAACUUCAAUUUCUACAUGAUCCAGGGCUUAAAACAAGGCUCUGAGUACACCAUAACCAUUAACCCUAUCUUUGGAGACACCGAGGGGCCUGUCACCACCACCACAGUCAAGACAUGUAACUACGAUGCUUGUUCAAAAAGGUUUAAAUAAGAUAUGGUGAUGAGCAGCAAAGACUGGAUUGAAGCCUUUUCUAUAUCUCUCUUUUUGUGUCAGUGGAGAGCAGUGCAGUUCAAACUUUGAAGGUGUCAGCUGUGACCACAAAUUCUGCUCUCAUCUCGUGGAACAGUGUCCCUGGAGCCACAGGAUACAGACUUGCAUGGGGACCCACCCCAGGUGAUUUACCCGCUGUCUCUGUUGGACUCCCUGUUUAUUUUAAAUAAAGUUUAUUCAUCAAGUGAAGGAAUCUGGUCAUUCUGGUGAUACUUGUGUAUAAAAAAAUAACACCCAAAUAACUAACAAAGCGAAAGAAAUCCUGAUCAUGUGCAUCUACAGCUAGUCCUAGCUCUUUAGUACAGAUCAUUUGCUCUUAUAUGCAUGUACAUUCAAGUUUUUUUUAAUGUUGGCUCUGCAGGAGCCUUUGAAAUGCCUCUGCUUUUAUAAUGUACGAGGAUGUGACAGAUGGCACAGGGCCUCUCUUUGAUGAAACACAAAUGUGUUCUGAUACUGUGCCAGAGUUCACAGUUAUACCAGGACAGUGAGGGAUAACAAAUUAAAAGAAUUAUGUGACUGUACUGUAAAUGUAUAGACCUAUGGGUAUUUUUUUUUUCAGAGUUUGUUGGUCGAGACCGACCCCGACAGUUGGCUCUGAAUGGCAGCAUCACAGAGUACCAGAUGAAAAACGUAGCUCACGAUACAGAGUAUGUCCUCACUCUCUAUGUGCUGUUUGGACCUGCGGUUGGGCCUGGAAUCAGUGCUACCUUCAAAACUUGUAAGUACAAAUGCACAACGUGUUUAUUCACCAGUGAAAAAUCUUCUCAGGUUUAGGUUUUGUUCUAAAUUCUGCAGAAAAAUUUCAUCCAGGAAUCACCUUAUAGGCCCAGAAACAACCACACAGAGGAGUGCUUUUCAUUCCUUUGUUUGAUUUGGCUGCUGUAAUUUGCAGUAUUAUGUUCAGUGUGGUAAAUAGUCAACCCAGUUUUACUUGCCAAACCUUUCCCGUGGUAUUUAUAGUGUUUUGAUAAGCCUUUAACAACUCUUUUAAGAUCGCUGCAGCAGGCUGAGAAGUUAAACCACUGGAGGUCAGCAAAUACAAGACUUUCAGACGUCAGUUGCGUAAAGAACCAAAAAUAAAGUCUAUUUAUUACUUAUCACACAGGGAAAACUGUUUGAUUAGAGAGUUACAGGUACUACUAACCAGCUCUCAGACCAAGAUGUUUGAAAACUGUGGGAGUAAAAAACUAAAUCUUUAAAAAAUAUAAUAAAUAAAUAAAAAUUAUGUGUUGUAUUUUUGUCUCUUUCAGCUCCAUUGGGCUAUGUGUCUAAUUUCAAGGUGGUGUCCUACACCAGCACCUCUAUAGAUGUUGAGUGGAGUCCAAUUGUUGGAGCUACAGAGUAUAAACUCACUUGGAGCACAGGUGAAACACCUUUGUAUUCUCUGCUCUCUCAAAGUCUUGGGAUUGGGCUAACUUUCUUUUUGCCCUCGUUAGACAUCCUGUUCUUUCUUGUAAAGCCAUGUUGGACAUCGUGUUAAGAAAUUGUUGAGCUGUAGAUGAUAUUGUAUGUGUGCAUUUGUGUGUCUGCUAACAGGGAACAGCAGCCCUCAUUCUCAUUACCUGGACCAUAAUGUUCUCUCCUACCGUAUUGAAGACCUGAUCCCACAAUCGGUUUACACAAUAACAAUCUGCGCCGUUUACGGCAACUCAGAAGGACCAGAAAUCUCCUUAUCCCACCUCACAGGUACAGAGCAACAGCAACCAAAUGUUCAGUCACUUGUAGUGUACAGGGUUGCGCUAAGUUUAUCACUGUCACUUUCAAAGUAAAAGCCCUCAGAGUUAACUUGAGCAUGCCAGGUCAUACAGACAAGAUUGUUGGAUUGAUUUUAACUUUGGGUCGGAGUUUUGUGGAAUGAAACUACAACGCCACAUUACCAGGUUUCAUUGUGUUAUUUUUACAGCUGCUGUUUCAGACUCAGGACCAAUCCAGCCAGUGAAGGAGCUGAAGGUUGUGGACAUUGGAGUUAACUUUUUCACCCUUUCCUGGAAGAAAACUUCAGGGGCAUCUGGGUACAAAAUCUCUUGGAUCCCUUUCCUGGGUAAGGGACACAAAUUAACCAUCAGUCAUGUGCGUUAACCAAAAUACUUACAUAGGUUGAGACAUCCAUAUACUUACAUUUGAAAUGAUUAUUUAUAUGCCCGAAGAACUGGGAAAUAUAUGCCCACAGUAAACUUGAUUGGUUGAGUAUCCAUUCAAAAUCUGUUUAUACCCCAAAACUGCCAAUAAUAACUAUUUAUUAUCUCAUUUAAAUCCCAAUAAAACAAAAACAAUGAUUAAUAUCUUCUGUCCUAGGUGGUGAUGAGAAGUCCCACGUAGUAUCUGCUUCCUCCACCAGCUUCACCAUCAAGAACCUGCAGCAGAGCUCAGCCUAUAAGAUCCAGGUGUCCUCCAUGGUGGGCAAAAGGGAGGGGAGCCCAGUUCUAGUCACUGCACGUACAUGUGAGUCAUACCUGUCUGAAACAGUGAUGAACAGCAUGAGAUGUGCUCACAAUCAGCAAUCAUGGAUAUCUCUGCUGCUGUAUCUAACACACAUAUAGGUUUUAUAUCUUAUUUAUGAGUCAUCUUUCGGAGUCAAAAAAGAAAGUUUUCACUCUUAAAUAACUGAGUAUUUGAUACAGCCCACCACUCUGUAGUCUAGUAUGUCUACACUGAGACCAGUCCUAGAUAGCCUUGUGUAAGUUUCAAUAAGUUGCACCCUUUUAAAAUAACCAAAAUCACACAGAUCUAGAAGUUUUAGACUCGGGUAGAAAAACGAAGAAGAACUUCUGAGUGAAGUUCAAGGAUCACCAAUAGCACAAUUUCCUACUGACAGACUUCUGUAACUUUAAACUUUACAGUCAGCUGCAUUCAGGUUUUCAUUUGAAAUAGUCCUGAAAAAGCUCCUUUUUGGUGUCAUUUGCACUUUGAAGUCACAUGGGUGAAAUACUGGAAGACAUAUCAGGAGAGAGGAAUUUGAAAAGCCUGUAAAAAUCAGUUAAGCCAUAAAGUGACAUGUCAGUAUUUAUAUUGUGUAUCCUUUGACUUUAUUUUGGUUACUUCAUUAAUUAAUCACAUGUUUCUCCUGCUACAGUGGAUCUCCCAAAAGUGAACGGCUUUGCUGCUUUGAACACAACAGACAGCAGCACUGUCCUGAACUGGACUCGUGUGGCCGGUGUAUCAGGAUACUUUCUCUCAUGGAGGCACAUUUCAGGUCUGAGUUGAACCUGGUUUAAGUGAGCUUGGAGAGUUUGCAUGUAGCCCUGUAGUCAGCACUGGAAAAAAAAAACAUGCUUGAUUUUGAUUAAUUCCAAGUGCUUUAUGACUACAAAAGUGAUUUAUUUCAAGGGUCCUCUAGAGUUUGAAGUAGAUAUGAAGCCUGAUGCUUAUUACUACAGUGUGUUUUGAGUCUCAGCCUAAGAACCCUUUGGUUGAAAAGUGAAGCGGGACAGAAAAAUGUUCAGAAAACUAAUAAUCAUGUUCAGAUAUAAAAGCUUUGACAGAAAUGGUUUUUAUAAUAGUAAAAAUCAGUUAUGUAAGUAAGCUGCUGUUAUUUGUUGCAUUAAAUUACUUGUUAGUGUGGUUGUCAUUAUGUCCACUUGGAAAAUAACCACAUUAAAGGAAAAAAGCAAAAAAAGGCUUUGAAAGCAACAUUCAUUUAAAAAGGUCUAGACAUUGCAUCAUGAUAUGUAAUUUUUUCCCCAAUGAUAGCAACUAUAACAAUGAGCUUCUCUGUUUGUGUUUUCAGUGUUGGACACAAAAACAGAGAUCUUGGGCCCCAGCUUCAGCUCCUAUAAGAUCACAGAUCUGCUAUAUGGGAGGACCUAUAUAUUUACCAUCAGACCUUUGUAUGGAGAAGUGGAGGGUCCUAUCAGCACAGUCUAUCAGAAAAUAUGUAAGACAGCACUUAUGUGGCUAAACUAAAUCUGUAUCAUGCUGCAGUAUGCUUAUUGAUUUCACAUGUUGUCAAAUCAUUUAGUAUCCAGAUCAUUCAGGUGUGAGGAUUCACCUGUAGAGUCGCUGCCUCUCAUUAAUAGACCCUUCGAUUGAUUCUCUUAUUUUCAUAACCUGUGUUCUGGCUCUGUGCGUCUCAGUGGGACAGGAUCCUCUGCAGGCGACAGUCAGGCCUGUGUCAGUCACUGCUGCCCCACGUAUCACGACCGCCUCAAUCAGCAAAAUCACCAACUCGCAGACAACCAGCAGAACAACUCGCCAGCCCAUUACUGUACCACCGACCAAACCUCCAACCACCAGGAAGUCUCCAGGUCCACAAAGUGUAACUGAAGCCAAGCAGUCAGGAGUCACACCCCUGAGAUUAACCACAGUCAGUGCAGCGGCAUCAUCUCAAAAACCAGGUGUCCUUCAGUUAUUUUACACACGCAAACUUCUUCUUCAAGUCAGACGUGUAUCAAAGUUUUUUUUUUUCUUUCAGCUUGUAGUAAAACCAAAGCAGACAUAGUUUUCCUGGUGGAUGAGUCUUCCAGCAUCGGUGUUGACAACUUUAACAAGAUGAAGGACUUCAUGUUCCGGGUCACCACUUACUUCCCGAACAUCGGCUCCGCAGCCACACAGGUCAGCAAAAAACUCGCAAUUAGUCUUGUUUCAACUUGAUGUUGUAAUGAUGUUACUUCAACUUGUAAAAGACUCAAAAGAAGGAUAAACAUAGCACAGCAAUAAGGUAUUGCUAAUAAGUGCCCUCUGCUGGGAAGAGUUAACCAUAUUGGGUUGAUUUGCAACUGGCUCAGCUUAAAGCUCCUGUAAGGAACUUUUGGUUUAUAUCAACAUUAGUGCCCCCUGUGGACAAAGCAGUCGUUGCUUAUCUUGUCCUCUACAUGCUUAAAUAGUAUCCUCUUACAAUAAAUCUCAUCAUUCUUGCUUUUGACAGUCAAAUGUAUCAUUAAAAAUUACAAUAUAAAAGCAGAACAUCUUGUUGCUAAUGUUUUUAUUUGCUUUUUUAUAUCAUGAAAAGGUAUUUUUGUCAAUUUCAGCAGGAGCUUUUACAGGAGCUUUAAAUGUGCUGAACCUCUGAAUGUCAUAUCAAUAGUAUUCAUAUUGGUGAUUAUAUGGUUCAUGCUAUAUUAUCUAGAUUAUGUCACCAACAUUAUCCCUCAUGGUAUUGCAGCAUUUUCUCACAUCUUACUUAUUUAUUUCUUUUUUUAUGUUAAGGUUUUUCUCUUGCAUAUUACUCCUACAAGGUGACUGUGAAAGACCUAAAGUGCUUCUUUUAUUAUCAGAAUAAAUUGGUUGUCUGUGCCAAAAGUAAACGUUUAUGCCUUGCUCUUCACACAUGGCAGGAGACAGUGUUCACAAUCACUUACAAAACACUUAUUUUCUUCCAUGGACGAGAUAAUAACUUAUGUGCACACAUAAUUAUUUCAUGCUCACUCAUUAUAAUAACUUACACACAUAAGAUAAAAACAACCCCCCUUUGCAGGACAUGAGAGGCACAACAUAAUAGCUUAAUAUUUAUAAUUUAUAGUUGCAUCAUGUUUAGUUUACCCAGGAUGAUGUUGUUAUGACGAUAUGUGAGAUCUCCAUGAAUCUCUCUGCAGAUAGCCGUGGUUCAUUACAGUGAUGAGCCUCGAAUCGAGUUCCGUCUGAAUGACUUCAAAGACAGAAACUCGGUGCUCAGGGCGAUCAGAGCACUUCGCUAUGUAGGGGGCAACACAAGAACAGGUAUAUCACUCUAGAUACUGACACAAACAUGCUCACUCCUUUGAUUCUGUCUGUGAUUGUGCUUUCUUUAACAGGUAUCAUGCUGAAGUUGAGUCCAGAGUCUCUAAUUUACAAGUUUUAAAAGCUCCCGUGUAAUAAAAGUCUGAUUGAAUAGGAUCCUAAUCCACUUUGUACAGAUAUAUUUAAAUGUGUUGUUUGUCUUUGCAGCUUACAUUUAUAUAACUAAUUAGCAGCUCAUCAGUCAUCCAUAAUUUGUUGUAAAAGUCCUAUGGAGAUCAGCUUUGAUCGAAGGCCUGCAUUGCUUACACUCCAUUACAUGUAACACACAGCUGGCAUCAUCACUGCUGCGCCUCAUAACCGUGCCUUGCAGAGAAGUAAAUUUCAUCUACCGGCGUCAUCCACAACAGUUUAAUUAAUAUGGCUUUGUACCUGUGCACACCCUCAGGAAAAGGCAUCAGCUAUGUUCUGCAGGAGCUGUUUCAGGAGUCUCUGGGGAUGAGGCAGGAUGUGGCCCACAUACUGGUUCUCAUUACAGACGGCAGGGCUCAGGAUAAUGUGGUGCCACCGUCUCGAAUCGCACGUGCUCUGGGUCAGUAAAAUGUAUCAUGAAAUUUUAAAAUAUUUUUCAGGUUCAACUAUCAAAGCCAUAUCAUAUGAAAAUUUGAUCCGUAUUUCAUCCGUUUCUCUCUAGGUGUCAGUGUCCUUGCAGUUGGAGUUUCUAAUGCAGACAUUGAGGAGCUGAAUAAAAUAGCAGCCCCCACCAGCUACAAAAAUAUCUUCUUUUCACCCACCUUUGAUGAUUUCCCGUCCAUAGAGAGGGAAUUUAUCAACAGCAUCUGUAGUGAGGAGCUGCUCUCGGAGUACAAACUGCACGAUGAGGCAAGACAAAGAACAACGUUUCCCUUUUGUGCCGUGCUUUUUUCUUUGUUUUUACAUGAAGUUUUGUUUUCAUUUAGUCAGACUUGUUGAGUAAAAUAAUAUUUUUGUAACAGUUGUAAUAAACUGUAACUAACAUCAGCUUUUGGUGACCAACACAUAACCAAAUAUUACUCACAACUGCACAUGUACUGCGAAUGCUUCCAGACAAUUUAAGUGACAAAACUAUCAAACCACCUCAAGUAUAAUUAGUCAUGUAUUUUGACAUUAACGUCAUUAUAAUCACUUUUUUAAUGAGCUAACAAAGACUCUGUGGGUGGGAACACUCCGACGGUCUUGACUCCCGUUUGACAGAAGUCUGAUUAACUUAAAGCUAAAACCAGUUACUCAUCUUAGCAACUCCUCCAAAGUAUCUUUGGCUGAUCAAAAGAAUAAAGCAUAUUUAUGUUUUGAUUUCUAGUCUGCUCAGUUGGACACCCCGACUGAAGACCCUGAAGAGCUGCCCAAACCUGAGGGUCCCUGUACCUCGCAGUGUUCAAAGGUGACAUUUUACUUUCUUAAGAUAAUAAUUAUUAUCUUUAUGAAUAAGUGCAACCUAACAGGUUUUAAGAUUAAGAAAAACACUCUUCCAAAGUUGAUAUAUCUAUAAAGAUAGAUGUUUUAUGAGUGUUUUUUUUAUUUACAUCCUGGUUGCAUGUUUUUUUCUGAAAGGCUCCUCUGUUUUUUCAAACUUCAUGAAUGAAAUCCUCUCUGUAUAAAUCUCUGUCCAUGAAUCAAUUUCAUUCCUUUUUCUUCAAUCAGGGCCAGAAAGGGGAAAAGGUGAGUAAAUAAAUUCAAAUAAGCUUAGCCUGAAGCAGAUAUGUAUUGUAUAACUAUUUUAUGUCUCAUUCGUAUUCUUACUCUCAUCCUAUCAGGGAGACGGUUUCGGUCUUGGAGGUCUGGUAUGUUUUUUAAUCAUAUUUUCUGUCCAUCUGUCUUGACUUUGUCCCUUUUGCAUAAUCCUCAUGAUGUUUUUGCAUUUGCAUUACAUUACCUUCCUAUUACUAGUUAAAUGUUUUUGCUUAUGUAAAUUCAAAUGUUCACAUUAACAGAAUUUUUUGUCUUUUUAUUUUUGUUGAUGUAGAAAUUUAGACAAAGCCCUGGACGGUACGAUCCUUUUACUUCCUCCAAAGGCGAGAAGGGAGAAAGGGUAAGAAACAAGAGUCACAAAAAUAAUCCACAUUAUCCACAUUUCCAUCUCCACUGAUUAUCACUUAUUCGAGAUGAUCUAAUCUUCAGCUGUUGCUUUGUUUGUAUAUAUUUAACUUUAUUUGCAAUAUGCAACACCAAUCAAGAAAAUGAGUAAUUCACUUUAUAAAACGACCAUAUUUACUUAAAGUCCUCAAACUCUACCAUAAGCAUUCAUUAAUUUGUGAUUGCACACGACCCCAAGAAAUUUCAGCACUUUAAAUUUUUCAUUUUUUAUUGUACAUUUGUAGGUACAGCUCCUAACAUUGAAGCCUCCCUUAAUUUUAAAUUUUAAGUACAUGUGUAACAUUUGAUAAUGUAUGUUAAAGAAAAAAAUAAUUGUCAUAAUCAAAGCAUUAGAGAUGCUGGUUGACCAAGAUCAUUGCUGGUAAUGCCUUCAAUUAUAUCAUAACAGCUAGAAAUUUACUCUUCGGUUUCAAUAAAAUAGUUAAAACAAUAUUUCAGGAAUAUGUAGAGACUAAUGUAAAGAAAUGAAGCCCUCUUUUGCUCACGCCUUCAGUCACUUUAAGUAAAUAUUAACACAGCUGCUCAGUCAUCAGAGCUCAACUUGAUCAAAUUCCUGCUUUCUUUUCUUUUUCAUAUCCUCUCUCAUAACCCUCCUGUUCCUUUGUGUGUCUAUUAUUGCAUUUUCCUUUUCAGAUCAACAUUUUUUUUUUACCUUACAGGGACCUUCAGGAACAGAUGGUAUACCUGGGUUGCCAGGACGACCAGGAAGAACCGGACCCCCAGGUUCUGCUGGCCAACGGGUAACUCAAUUCAAAGAAACAAAACUGCAUACUAACUUUGUUAAAGUUUAUUUGAUUUUGGUCUGAUUCUGAAAAUGUUAUUUAUUUGUUUUGUUUUCUUUGUUUGUUUUUCAGGGAGCUCCAGGAGUGCCAGGUGAUAUGGUGAGAAAAAUUACUGAGGAAUAUACAGUUAGGGAGGAAAACUGUUUAUGGGGUAUUACUGUGAGUCAUCCAACUAUUACUCACUUCAUAUGUAAGUGAUGUCCCGCCCAUGGCUGUGGUCCCAGAUUAGAGCUGCAAAACCACCUAACCCCUUUGCCUCUCAACUGAUAACAGAACCAAUAAAAGUAUUACAUUUUUUUGGGCAAAAAACAAGACAAUUAAAUGAAGGUAAUGAUUUCAUUUUUUUUUACAAACUCUUCUUUUUACUGCUUUUAUUCUGGCGGGCAUUGAGGUGUGUUUUUUUUUUUUUUUUUUUUGACAAUGUUUCUAUUACUUAAAAGAAAGUAGUAAAAAAUAGAUACUAGGUCUGCUCAAAUGGCAAGUCUUUAGAAAUGAAGGCAAAUAAGGAUUGCAAAAAAUGUCAGUUUCUGAGACAUCAACAUGAGACUGGCUUUACUGUAUGGAUUCAAAAGCCUUUUACAACCCUAACGUUAAUUUAAUUUGAUCUAACACAUGUUAGGUAUAAUACUGACAUUGUAGGAAAAAGAUCUCCAGAUUUGAGAUCACUAUAGAUAUACAUUGUGUGAACUCUUUGCCUACCAGCAAAUCUCAUAAUCAAAUUUUUAAUUCUUGAACAUUUAUCGGAAUAAUUGUAAAAGUCUUUGGUAGUUUGCAUAUCUAUUCAUCUUUUGAUCACUCUCUAUUUUUUCCUUCAUGGUAGGGUCUUCCAGGGAUCACUGGACCAAAAGGACAGAGAGGGGAGAGAGUAUGUCUAACCUGUGCAAUUAAUGAUGAUUUCGUUUCUGACCGCCUCUUUUUUGGGCUAAACCCAAGCUUUGUACAUAAAAACAUGACUGAUCUACUUUAAUUAAAAGGAUUAUAGAGCGAUACAAAACAACGUUGACAUGCUGUUUUGUGUUUCCUCCCAGGGAGAGCCGGGAUAUGUCAUAGCUGGUGCUGAUGCAAAUUUUGUCCCUGGACGAAAAGGAGAGCCAGGAUCUUCAGUGAGUACUGAAAAACACAUUUGUGGGAGUUUAUUAGACAGAGAACCUGAAACACCUCAAAAAUGAUUCACUAUUUGUUGCAGGGUCCUCAAGGAUCUCCAGGUGUACCAGGGGUCAAUGGAGCUCCAGGCCUACCUGGCCAACCAGGACCUUCAGGGUCACCAGGAAUAUCUGUAAAGGUAACAUUGGAUUGGAUGCAAAUUUAAAGUGGAAAAGAUAAGCUGUAAACACUGUAACAGCGUUAUGGUGCAUCUAUGAAAAUGCAAGAUGAUGUGCAGUCUUUUAGUACUGUAAAUACUUUGAGGAACACGGCUGACCACAGUUGAUUUUAUUUUUGUAGGGAGAUUCUGGGGAGCCUGGAGAAAAAGUGAGUGUGGAGGGUUCUUAUCAUGCCUAACAUAAUCUCUUUUUUAGUGAUGCACUAGAAAAUCUUAUUCCUAGCCUCAUAAAUGUGUACACUCAUUAUUUUUUUUAAAUAACUUUUACCUCCCAUGAUUUGUAUACUUGAAAACUUUUGUAUAGUCCUCUGCUCUCAUGAUGCAAUAGAAACAGUUAUCAAGUGUGCAUUGCUUUGUUAUUAUCUGAUAAUGCUGUUAUUCUCUCUGAAAGGGUUUACGUGGGAAACCAGGCGUGAAAGGAGACAAAGGAGAGUCGGGGAGAGAUGUAAGCGAAGUGUUGAUAUAAUUGUUAAAAAGCCGCAGAAGAUAUUGCAUAACACAGAGUUACCCACUGCCAAAUAAUUUGCAUAUUUUAAGCACAGCUUUCUUGUUUUAUCUUGUUUCUGUCCUGCUGAUUCUCACAUGCACACAUAUGCAAACUACUGUAGGGCAUUGCUGGGUUGCCUGGUCCCAUUGGCCUCGAUGGGGUGCCAGGAUUUCCAGGAGAGAAAGGACAGAAGGUGAGCUGUUAAUGAUCGAAAACUAUAAACAUAAAUAAACUAAUUAAAAACAUGCAGCUUAGUUAACAGCUUGAUAAAUAUAUAUAUUUUUUUCAGGGUGAGGAGGGAAUUGGAAUUCAAGGUAUUCAGGGACCUCGUGGUGAGCCAGGACAAAAGGUAUGAUUGACCAGAGCCUUUUUAUGGAGGGUUGUUAUGGAUCAAUUUGUAGAAAUUCCUAUUCCUAUUGUGUUUGAAUUUUUGUUUUGCAGGGUAAUAUUGGCUUUUUGGGACCAGUUGGCCCUAAGGUACAAACAUUCAAACUUAUAUCUAAAAUACUAGCCAGUUAGUUUGCUUUAAAUAUGACUUUUUAUAACAGAAAAGGGAAAAAUAUGAAACACAACAUCUGUGAUUUUAUUCAUCUCAUCAGGGCGAUCCUGGUGAGCAAGGCAUCCAAGGAAUCAUCGGACCCCGGGUGUGUACUUAUUAUCUUCUGUUCAAAAAAGCUUGCAAUGAGCCUCUGCAUAUUUUACCCUUGAUUGCAUAUUAAUUAAUCCCAAUACAAUGUAAUGAGAAGAAUCAUUGAUGGAAGGAUUCAAAGGCAGUGAUUAAUUUUUACCUGCAGGGAAAGAAAGGAUUCAAAGGGGAGCAAGGAGACAAGGUAAGGUCAUCCUGCACAUAUGCCAGCUCUCUUGGACUGAAAAUGCACAUUUUGUCAUUACUGAACAACAAAAUAGAUGAAAGAGUGAGUGUGUGGAAAUAUUUUGUCUUCUCUAGGGGGAUCGAGGAGAAAUCGGACCAAUCGGACCAAUUGGACCAACAGUGAGUGAAGAUAACACUUAUAUAAUUAGGACUAAAUCAUUAUAACCAAAUAGUUUACACACAUUUUUAUACAUAAUCUCUUUCCACACUUGGGCAGACUGAAUUUGUUUAAGUAUGCACUGGUUAUGAAGUGUUUCCAGAUAUUAGGGCUGAUGAAUUAACAAACAAAGAAAUCAUUUUACUCUCAAUCAUGAGUGAAAUUAUCAAACCUCAGUUUGUAAUUUGUCUUGCGUCGGUUGUUUUUAAUUUAAGGCAGCACAGUUCCCGAGAGGAAACUAUUUACUAAAACCAGACUGCUGAUGAAUGGUAAACUGAAAGUGAUAAUGUUCAAAGAGUUUACUCAAAUCUGUGACAGUAAAUAGAAAAAUGAAGUGAGCAUUGGCUCAAAAUCUGAGGUAGCAGCUGUUUUUAAAGAGGCUUGGAAUGUUAAGUCUCAAUCAUAAUAAAAAUGGCAAUACGAAAAUUUAAAGAUUUUUCAUAUUCUGGAUUUUUACAGGGACUGACAGGACCACUCGGGUUAAAAGGAGAUGAGGGUCCAAGAGGGGUUCCUGGAGAUCCUGCUAAGGGUGUAAGCAAGUACUUGAAUAAAAUUCAGAAAACAAAGAAAUCAACACUGUGUCUUAACAAAAUCUCAUUUCCCCUUUUCAACAGAUUAUUGGCCCAACUGGGAAAAAAGGUGCUCGGGUAAGUACCAAGUCUUACUCUUAUUCAUGAAAUUCUGUUAUUUUUUCUAGGUUUACAUUGAUGCACAAGCCCACGCACAUCAACAGUUCUCAAGAUUCCAGUUUAUUUUUAACAACAGCUCUCAGCUGGCACUCAAGUAUGCGAAAAAGAAAAAGUAAAGGUAGAAUCCUGCAUCUGUUUAAAGAACUAACACCAACCACAUCCAUCACUUAACAGCCAGUAAUACAAGAAAAAGUCCAAAUAGUAUGGCUGUGUGAGGUUCUCGUUUCUGAUUGGUCAUUACAUAGCAAUAUUUCAUAACAGCAGUCUGCUAUUUCACUAUAGCAGACAGUUGCUAUGGAGAACUGACUGUUGCUAGGGCUGCACAAACUGGAACUAUGUCAACCCACUGAGAGAAGUCAGGCUAGUUUGAUGUUGGUUUGAGAACAGAAUAUGAGAAUUUAAAACAGCAGAGAAAAGACAGAAGAGGUGAAGGAUAUUAACUGUAAGGCUUUAGGUUGAGACAAGACUUCUAGUUCUGCUUUGCAUCACUUUGUCUGGAUUUUAAAUCACAUUACCACCCAUUCACAAUACAUUAUCCUACUUAAAAAACUUAAACAGGUAAAUACAUAAUCAAGCAGACUAAACAAGUGUGAUUUAAACAUGAGUUUAUUGAGAAAUGUCACAACUUUGUUAUAGUUUAAUAAGUUGAAUGUGCCAGAACUUCUUCCCACAAAUGGAUUUGACCUGAUGUGUUUGAUACUUAGAGGUGCUUUCACAGCUGAGAAUUAGUUUUAUUGGGUUUUGACCAAUCAGGAUUAAGUAGUUAGUACAGCUGCGUAAAAAUGAGAAAACCUAUUCUAGGUAGUACAGAGGAGAAUUGAGGAUGGUGCAAAGGCAACAUUUCCCACAUUUCGUCUGUGUCAUUUCAAAAUGACACAGACGAAAUGUGGAAACUCUCAGGAUGCUUAAACCACCAUGUUGAAUUGUCUCACAACUCCAAAUAUAUGUUUAACUUGUUUGCCUACAUUUAUCUUGACUAGCAUGAAUGUAAUGAGUGAACUGGAGGGAAGUGAUUUUUGUGAUGUUUUACUCUGCGGAGACUUUGUUAAUUAAUUGUUCUGGGUAUUCUUGCACACUCAUACUCAGUCCUCUGGGUCUGCUUAUCAAACACAAUUAAGAUUUUCUCUCAUUAGCCUCUGCUGUGGGACUGAACGCUCCAUUGAACAGGACCUCUUUAAUCUCAGUCCACGGGGUGCAAUUUGAAGAGAGCAGUUUUGAUUUGGAAAUGGCAUGACAAUUAAAGCUGGUAGCCAGAAUCGUGCUGAUUGGCUUUCUGUGAAUGUGUGUGCCGACUUUCUGUUUGACAGGGGGAUAUUGGUCCAGUCGGCCCCACAGGACCCCAGGGAAUUAAAGGUGAACAAGGAGACAAAGGAGCAAAGGUAAAUGAUAACCAAUACUGCAUGCUUACAUUUUAUUAUGACCAUGUUCUCAUUUUUCAUCAGCCAUUGGUAAUAAAUGACUCUAUGUAAAGAUAUCAGUACUGUGUGGUUUGAUGCAUGCAGGGCAGUCCUGGUUUUGGGAUUCCAGGACAGCGAGGAGAAAAGGGAGAAAAUGGUGAGAGGGUGAGUCAUCCGAAAGACGAAAACUGCCUCAAACGCUUAAACUUUGUUUCAUGCCUGGAGCAGAGAAUAGAUGUGAAUUUCUAUUACUCAAGGUUUUGUCUUUUACAGGGAAAUGUGGGUUUGUCAGGAAAACCAGGACCAAAAGUAAGUCUGCUAAAAAUGCUCAUUGUCAUUUUUUCAUAUGAGGCUGAAGUAUAAUGUGUGUUUUGCAAAUGGCAGCGAGAUCUGGCAAACCCAAUGUUAAAGACCGCAGAGAGAUUUUAGCAUCUUUCAGCUCAUUGUUUGUUUUUGCUGCUGAGCCGCUUAUACUAACAAGUCAAAGAUGAAUUUUUAUGUUGUGCAUGCAAGAUAGCAGACAACCAAAGCGUCAAUCUGCAUUUCUAUGUUUACUUUUACACUUUUUAUAGUCAAAGCAGACGAGCAUUUUCAAAAACCUUAGCAUCCCUGCAAACUUUGCAUGUAGAUUGAGAGACACUGAUUGGCAAAAGCUACUGAUACUUUACACAUACUGUUGUCAUUUCACCAUACGUAAGGCUGCAAUGAAUGCUAAAGUUGCUCAGUGUCUGCUUUGUUUGAAAAUACUGAUAUAAACUGAUAAUGUGUUGCUUACAGAUCAAUUUUUCCUUUUUCUUUAAAAACUUUUCUUUGUAGUGGAGCAUAUUUUCACUUUUUAACAUUUAAGAUUGUUAAUGUUACUGAACCGUGUUUUUUCAGGGGCAAGAUGGCUCCAAAGGUGACAAAGGUGGGCUUGGAUUACCUGGCAAACCUGGAGAACCAGGAUUAAGAGGUAAAGAUGUAAGUAAAUCCUGAGUUGCUGCUGCAGCAAUGAUGAAAAUUGUUUGUACCUGUAAUUCUGAUAGUUACAAAAAUGACUUCAGGAUUAAGCACCCUUUUAUUCAAGACCAAAGUAGAUGAUGAAUAUCUGUGACACCCAAAUAAAAGUUAUACUUCCCUCCUUUUUUGGGAGAACUUCUUCAACUAUAGCUCUGUAUUGACAUAAGAAAGUUAUUGACUUUUCUUUUAACUUUAUGUGUAGGGAGCACCGGGAGUUAGAGGAGACCUUGGAAUUAAGGUACAGUCAACUUAAGUAUGUAUUGUUGCUCGGAGGGGUUUACAAUUGCAUUGAUAACUUAAAAUCAGUACAGUUUUAUGUUCCUUUUUAAUCAAAACAUCCAUUAACUAACUUUCAUUUUCACAGGGGGAACAAGGACCACCUGGAGAGCCUGGUGACAGAGGAAUAAAGGUAGUUGUUCAUUGUUUUCUACAGGUAGUGAUGCAUUUGACAGUUGAAAGGGAUUGAAGGGAUCAUGUUACAUUUCUCUUGACUUGAUUUGUCCCUUUAAAGUCGCACUAAUAUAGCGCUUUAUGCUCUGUCUAACUCCUUUUCUAUGUUAAUAAGGGUCCGUUGGGGUUGCCUGGGCGCCCAGGGGACCCAGGGGAGAAAGGAGACACAGGGAAGACAGGCCUGAUUGUAAGUUAGUCAAAUUUCAAUACCAGAUGACCCACUCCGUUAGAGUAAUGGACGUAAACUGUUUGAUGUUUGAUAGUACGUCUUUACGUCUCUUUAGGUGCCUGUGUCUAUAAAUGUUGAGAAUAAUUUAGCUAAAUCUGCAAUGCUGAAAGAAAACUAGUAAUUUUCUUUGUUUGCAGGGCUCUGACGGAAGGAAAGGGGACAAAGGGGAGCCGGUAUGUCUGUAUCAACAUCUCUCUCCUUCGUUGAUGUUCAUUGUUUCCCAUAUUGACGUAUUCUGAUCAUCCAUCUGCGUCACUGAGACCAUAUUAACAACCUGCUAUCAUCCCAUAACUUCAUUAUUCUUGCUUUAAUAUUUUCAGUAAUUAAGCUCGGCUUUUUGUGUGUGCCAUCCUUCAGUUCACCUUUUAUUUUUGCCUUUGUUUGACUAUUAUGGAUUGUGUUUUCCAGUGUGACAUUUUAGAUUUUAACUGGUGUCUUCUUGUGCUCUUCUUUUGAUCGGGCUGCCGUGGUCACAAAGGGAAAACCUGGACCUCCGGGAACACAAGUAAACAAAACCUCUGUUAUCAUUUCUGACAGCUCCUCAUCAGUUCAGCCAUGUUUGACAGGGACAUUUGUUGUAAUGAAGCUUGGAAAGAACAAAAGAAAAAACACCACUAUCCCAGAAGACUAUGAGGAAUGAAACUGUUUCCUCUGUUGGAGGAUAUUUGGUGUCAAUUUGCUCUGCAACUUUUGAUUCAUCUCUGUCCUUCCAGAUUGUAGGAGACAAUAAUGGAGUGCUCAGAGUGAUUAAGGUAACCUGAGGAAUAACAUGCAUGAUGCUCAUUGUUUUCCAUUUUCAUCGGAUCAUGAGGAAAGUCAGAGUUCUCGAUUUUUGCUCUGCAUUUCAGGGUGAACCAGGAGAUCCAGGUGAGCCUGGUUUGAGAGGGGAGACAGGUCUGCCUGGACCCAGGGUGAGGUUCUUGUUGAUUGUUUCGUAUGUCUUGAACCUAUAUGCUGCAAGUUAAAGGGAUAUUCUGGCGUAAAAUUAAUUUAGGGUCAACCACACCAUAACACUGAGUCAGACACCCCCCGAGAGAGCUGAAUACUGCCGACCGCUUGCUUCUCUAGUUAUACCAACUUUAGUCACGACCGCAGAUAUAAUGCUCAGAACAGCACCUAACUUCAUCAAUGGUACAUAUAGGUUCCCAGCCACAACACUAGCCACCAAACAUCUUUUUAAUUUCUUUAGCAAAGAGACUAAACACAACUCGCCCACUCUCUUCCAGCAGCCGCUUGUUUGUAGCGAGACCUCGGGCUAAUCCAUUACGGACUGCUGCGGGGUGACGCAGCUCAAGGAAGAACAUUUAUAACCAUUUCUUUAUGUAAAUGCAAUCAUACCAAGACACUGAGGCAGAAGAACUACCGCGUCUGCAGUGCAAAAUGAUUAAUAUGGUGAUUAUUACUUCAAGGAAAUGAUAAAGAAAUGAUCAUAAAUGUUCUUCCUUGGGCUGCGUCACUAAAUUAUGUUGUUUUACAGUCACACCAAUGUUUUCAACCGUGAUUGACUUUUUAUGGGAAAUCACAACAACGGUUAUUUAGACUUCUCAAUCAUCUAGCUACAUUUUAAGUAUCUAUCUCCAUAACAGGGCCCAGAGGGGAAACCUGGACUACCAGGACCAUCUCUGGUAAGUGGAUAAACCUUUACAUUUGACAAACUUAAACAGAUGCUCUUGAAUUUUUCCAAAUGUGUUGAAAUAUGAACAUUUGUACUUUGCAGGGUGCCUCUGGACUUGAUGCUAUACCAGGGAAACCAGGAGGGAAGGUUGUGCACAGUUUUACAUUCACUAUUGCAAUACUUGCACUCACUUAUGUGAACGUUAAUGAUAUUUGCCAUCUUAGAUUACUCACAUGUUUUUCGUAACAUUUGCAGGGUGACCAAGGACAGAAAGGAGAUCUUGGGCCUGUGAGUGCAAAAAUAAUGAUGCAAUUUUACAUAGCAUUCUUGAUUUACUAAAGACCUAGACCAGACAAUAUAAGAGGCAACAUGGAUCUUGAUAAGAGAAUUUAGCUCAAUGGAGGUGUUUAUAUGUUGUUAUAAAAGCUCAUAAAAUCACUUCAGCUUUGUUGAAAGAUUAAAAAACAAAUUCGAACUAUUUAAGAAUGUGGAAAAAUUGAUGAAUAAAAGUUUUGAAUUGUGUGUGUUUGUGAUCAGAGGGGAGAGAAAGGUGACCAGGGCCGGGUCGGGAUUGCAGGAAUGCCGGGUCUACCAGGAACUCCAGUGAGUACCGCUCUGCAAAACAACACCUAUGAAUCUGUACAUUUCUCAUCACAAAAAUACAGGACAUUCACAUCUGUUCUGAAAAUAAACAUACAUUAUAGGCAUGCACUAUAAACAUUCUGUUAUUUCACCUUGAUCUGAGAACAUUUCCUGAGUCUGUGGUGGUUUGAUCUCUUGUGCUCUGCAGGGGAGACCGGGCAUUGAUGGGAAGAGGGGGCUGCCAGGAAAAGAUGUGAGGGUCAUUUUUGUGUUACACUGUCGUCUGCGUUGUGAUACCAGCUGUGUUACUCUUAAAAUAUCCAUGCCUACAAAAGUGAUCAGCACUAAGCUGUGUUUUCUUUUUACAGGGAGAAAAGGGAUUUAAAGGAGACGAUGGCAAGAAGGUCCUCAAAAUAAACAACCUACUAGAAAUUAAAAAGCUGUAUUUUCAAUGCAGAUGUUAACUUUCCUUUUGUUGCAGGGGGACAGAGGAGAUGCUGGAGCUAAUGUGAGCAGCCUUGAUAUUGAGACAAAAUGCAUCUGUAAUCUUUCUGCAAAAAAUUAGGAUUGCAGGCUUAAAGCAGUUUCUUUUCUCUUCAGGGUAAAGAUGGAAUUAAGGGGGAACCGGGACCUCCAGGCCUGCCAGGUAGACAGGUUCUCGUCACUCCCGACGUAAGAAAAACUACCUUUAUCUUUUAAACAAAGUUGAUUUUAUGUCCACUGCAAAAAGAAAAAGUUUGGUUGACUCUUGAAUUCAGAGUUGACAUCAGUAUCAGUUUUUCUUGUUUCUGCUUGUUUUCGAGUCAGAAAAAAGAAAUCAAAGAAUUUCUGAUUUUUCUUUCGCAUCUGUUCUCAGGGCGCCACCGUUGAUGAAAUCCGACAAGCAUUCCCAAUCCCAAUGGGUCCUCCAGGAGCUCCUGUGAGUUUGAUGCCUGCACUCGACAUGUUUGUUUGUAUUUUUAGCUCAUGCAUAAUGGCACAUUAUUUCAACUGUUGCAUGGCAUAAUUUGUAUUUUGCCUGCAUGGUGUCUGAGUCAUCAGAGAGAUGAUGACUGUAUUGCUUUUAUUGUGGGCUGCAAUGAGUUUUAUCCUUAUCUGCAUACUGAUAAGCUCCACGUCAUGCAUUGUAGAUGCAUGUUCCAAUGUUUUGCUCCUCUGUUUCUGUGUGUUUAGGGUGCACCAGGAUUGAAGGUAAGAUUGGCAUUGGGUUUAUAAUGAAACUUAAUAAUAAAAAGAAAACAAAAAAUAGUUUUUUGCUCAUUUGCAUUAUUUGUGUUUGUUUGCAGGGUGAUAAAGGAGAAGAAGGCCUGAAAGGAGACAAGGUAGUGCUUCAGCGUGACCAAAAACAGAACGAUUUUUAUGGAAAUUACAUUAUUUUCAUUGUGACUACUUAAAUGUUCCUGCAGGGAGAUGCUGGAGCUCCAGGAAAAUCUCUCAACAUGAAGGUGAAUACAAAUAUAGCAAUAAGUCCUCUGAGACACAUUUCCUCAUUUUGCACUUAGCAGUAUAUAUAUAUUUUUUUCCUUUCCUUUAGGACAUUGAAGCCAUGUUUGAAGCCUAUGGCAUUAGGGUAAGCUCUAAGGUUGACACUGACGAUUUCACAAGUUGAUAGAAUUUCUGAUCACUUCCAAGUCUGACCUUCUCUUAAAAGACUUUUUCUUUUCCGUCAGCUGCCUUUGCUGAAGGCUUUGAUUGACAGGCUGCUGCAGGAUGGGAUAGAGGACCUGCUUCUCGUGCUCAGCACGUCCAAGAAAACAAAAGAUGAAACUCACACCUCCAACGUCAUCACUGAGUACACAGUAUGUAAACCCAGAGACAGAAAUGUGUUUAUUGUAGGACAUUUAAUGAAACAGCACAGCUUACAAAACAUUAGUUCAGUGCUAAAAGACAGGGCUGUAGAAGGAUCCAUAUGUUAAUCGUGAUCAAUUGCAGAAUUUUAUGAGCUAGUCUCUGUUAAUCUCAUGUUUACAGCCCUUUUAAAACUCCUGUUAGGAACUUUCAGUUUGUGUCAGUUUCGGCGCCCCCUGUGGCCAAAGCAGUCCUUGCUUGUCUCGCCCUCUACGUGUUUGAGCUGUGACUAUUGACAAAGAUCUAAACCUGCUGACUUCUGAAAGUCAAAUGUGUCAUCUAAUGUAAAAAUGUCUAAAUUCUUCAACUACUUGGCUGAGACCUACCCCCUCACACUGGUUUCAUGUGUUAAAAUAAUAUAAUAAAAAAUCAUCAGCCUAAUUGCUGAUGGUCUUGUUUGCUUUUGGAUAUGUAAAUAUACUCCUUAUUGGAACUUUAAUUGUUCUUUGUUUAAUUAUGUAUUCAUUUACUCAAUAACAUCUUUUGUCAAAAAAAUAAAAAAUAAAAUACAAUCUUUCUUUACCAAAAGACAGUAAAUUAACUGCUUUUUUUUUCCUGUGGAUGCUCAACAGAGUUCAGUGAAGUUUGGACUCACAGAUCAGCACCCAGAGCUGGAUUACACUAAAGACCAUGAAUCAGACGGGCAGCUUCUAGAGACUUCUUUAGUUGUGAGUAAACCCUUUCUCUUCGUAUCAAAAUUACAUUAACUUCACCAGUCAGAAGUAUAUUUUUGAAGUUUUUUAAUUUGAGUUUAAUAUAUGAUGGUGGUAACAGAACAACCUUGUUGUGAGUUUAGUAUUUUGUAGUUCUCUUAAGAUCCACCAGAGACAUUUAAAAAAAAAAAAAGUCAACAUUCAGGGCCAAUUGUACAGGUGCAAACACACCUCAAAUGAGGAGUUGUUUUUUUGAGCACCCAAUGAAACGAAAUGUUAUGAAUAUAACUUCUGUUCCCUGAAGGAGAGGAACGAGGUACAACACAUAUAGUAUGGGAUAUCACGCCCCUGCGUGACCUGACUGAAGACACCUUUAUUCACGCCUUUAAGGCAGAUGAUCUGUGGUGACGUCUGGGAGGCUCCGCCUGCACAUAUAUACGUGUAACACCACAGUCAUCCUUCAGUUCGAUAGCCGCUCUUCACCGAGCUCUGCCGCGCAGCGGGGCAACCCAGUGUUGUACCUCGUUCCUCUCCUUCAGGGAACAGAAGUUAUAUUCAUAACAUUUCGUUCCCUUUCAGUCGAUUCACUCGGUACAACACAUAUAGUAUGGGACAUAUAUACACGCCCCGCAGAGCAGCCACCGAACCGAAGUCAAACCUCCAAAACUUUUAGUGCAUUGUAGACCCUGCAGAAAGGACAGCGUGAGCCACCGAAGGUGCUGUCACAUCCAAACGGUAAAACCGAACAAAAGUGUGCGGUGAUGACCAACUGGCUGCAGUGCAGAUAUCACUCACAGAAACCCCUUUAAACAAGGCCCAAGAGGCCGCCAUUCCCCUGGUUGAAUGUGCCCUCACACCUUGGGGCAACGGGAGACCCCUGCUGCCGUAUGCUAAGGAGAUAGCCUCCACAAUCCAGUGGGAAAGCCGCUGCUUAGACAGCGCCUUGCCCUUGGCUGGAUUAGCAAAACAGACAAACAACUGGUCACAUAAACGCACACUCUGAGUGCGAUCUAUGUAAGUGCGUAGUGCACGCACAGGGCACAAGGAAUGCAACCUCCUCUGCUCCUCAGAUGCAAAUGGAGGGGGGCAGAAGCUCAGCAGUUCAAAACUCAUAGAGCUAUAGGCUGUGGGGAUAAUCUUAGGUAAAUACGCCGCGUUUGGACGCAAUGUAGCCUUAGAUCCAUCCGGAGUGAACUGGGUACAAGAGGGAUGCACAGACAAAGCAUGAAGGUCGCCCACUCGCUUUGCAGACGUCAAAGCAAGUAGCAGUGCAGUCUUGUAUGAAAGAAAUUUCAUGUCUGCCGACUCAAUAGGCUCAAAUGGGGGUCCACCAAGAGCCUCAAGCACCAACCCUAAAUCCCAUGAGGGAACACUGGGUUUAAGAACAGGUCUUAGCCUGCGGACUCCCUUUAGGAAGCGCAUAGCAAGAGGGUGAGCGCCUGGCGUCACACCAUCAAAGCCAACAUGGCAUGCAGAUAUAGCCGCCAAAUAGACCUUAAUUGUUGAGAAAGAGAGACCCUUAUCCAGCAGGUCCUGAAGGAAUGUUAAAACAUCCACAAUAGAACUCUGAAAUGGGAGUACAUUUCGGUCCUGACACCACUGCUCAAACGCCCGCCAUUUAUAGGCAUAUAGGCCCCUAGUAGAUGAUGCCCUUGCACUCUGGAUUGUUGCCACCACAUUUGGGGGCAGACCCUGAGCCAUUAAGUUGGACCUUUCAACAGGUAAGCAUGUAGUUUCCACAGUUCUGGGUGCGGGUGAAUCACCUCUCCUCCCGCCUGGGAGAGGAGGUCCCUGCAAAAAGGGAGCUGCCAGGGCCUCGCUGCCAGCAGACUGAUUAUCUCUGCGUACCACGACUUCGCCGGCCAGCGAGGAGCCACCAGGAUCAGGGAGAGCCCCUGCUGGCGCACCCUCUCCAGAAUGGGCAGAAUCAUUUCCACUGGGGGAAAAGCAUAUAGCAGCGUGUUGGGCCAUGGGUGAGCUAGCGCAUCCAUCCCCAGGGGAGCAUUGCAGUCUGUUAUGGAAAAGAACAGGGGGCAAUGAGUAUUUGCUCUGGAGGCAAAAAGAUCUACUUCUGCCUUGCCGAAGCGGUCCCAUAUCUGAGCCACCACUAGUGGGUGCAAUCUCCACUCUCUCACAAGAGGACCCCCCCUGGAGAGAAGGUCUGGUCCAAGGUUUAAGUGACCCGGAAUAUGUGUGGCUCUGAGGGACAGAAAAUGAACACUGCACCAUAGAUAGUGAGACAGUUUUAACAGGGGAAGAGAGCGUGUCCCUCCCUGCUUGUUUAUGUAAGAAACCACGGUUGUGUUGUCCGUCCUGAUCAGAACAUGAUGGCCUGUCAGAACGGGACGAAAGUGCUUCAGAGCUAAAAGGGUAGCUAGUAGCUCCAGGUAAUUGAUGUGGAGUUUGCAUUGUGCUGGCGUCCACACACCUCUCACUGCUGCGCCCUCGCACAGAGCCCCCCAACCCCUCAGGGAUGCGUCUGUGGACACCACCUUGCGAAAAGACACCCUCCCUAUCGGAGAUCCCUGUUGUAGAAAACCGGGUUCUCUCCACGGGAGAAGAGCCGACAUGCAAGACUGAGUUAUCGUCAGCCUCCUCUGGAGGUGACGCUGCGCGCACAGCCGGUGAGACUGAGUCCAGCAUUGAAACGCUCUCAUUUUUAACAGUCCGAGCGGCACUACAGCGAUCAUAGAUGCUCAUGCCUGUCAGCUGUAAAAUCGUCCGGAAACACAGUUUGCGUCCCAACUGAAAUUGUGCAAGGCAGCGGUGAAACGCAGCCACCCUGCGUUCUGACAGACGUGCUCGGCUUGAAACGGAGCAUAUUUCCAGCCCGAGAAAUGAUACCUGUUGACUCGGAGUCAGUGAACUUUUCUGUAAAUUUACUGAAAAGCCCAGUGUUUGGAUGUGCGAUAGGGUCAAUGACAGCUGAGCCGCUGCUCGCUCUCUGGAGCUCGCGAUUAGCACCCAAUCGUCCAGAUAGGCUAAGAUGCGAACACCUUUCUCCCGUAGCGGAGCUAAUGCCGCCUCGACACAUUUGGUGAAUGUUCGGGGGGCGAGUGAUAAGCCGAACGGCAGCACCAGGUAUUCGUAGGCUAUACCCUCGAAUGCAAACCUUAGAAACUGCCUGUGGUCCGGAUGAAUUGCUACGUGAAAGUAAGCAUCUGUCAGAUCGAUAGUUGUAAACCAAUCUCCCGGUCUGAUCGCGCCCAGUAGCUGUCUGAGUGUUAGCAUCUUGAACCUGUAGGUUCGUAGGUAUUUGUUUAACACUCGCAAGUCUAGGAUAGGACGGAGCCCUCCUCCUUUUUUCGGAACAACGAAAUAGCGGCUGUACCAACCUUGUUCGUUUCCGAAGCGGGAACAACUCGUAUCGCUCUCUUGUUCAACAAGUUGUUUAUUUCUUCCCUCAGCACUGCUGCUGCUUCCUCUGCUACAACUGUGUGUAUUACAGAGUGAAAGCGAGGCGGCCGGACCCUGAACUGUAAGCGGUAGCCGAUGGCAACAGUUCUCUCUACCCACGGUGAGACUGCGCAUGCGCGCCACCGAGAGAGACGAACAGUCAGUCGACUGACCUCCAGUACUGUGGGGGAGGGGUUGUCGCCCCCUAGUGUGCCGGCUGGGAACGGCAACACUUUCUCGCCCAGACUUGAUUGAUUCAUGAUGUUUUGAGAACAAAACGAAACCUUUAUUUGAUUCAAAGAACGUACAUUUGUGACAUUCACACAGUGAACAACAGGCGCCAUUAUUGGGGCAUGUGUGUGUGAGGGGGGGUUGUGCUUGGGAGACUGUGUUAAGGGAGUGCAGCGCCUCUCGGGACCGGACCCCUGAACGAACUUUAAACGCGGCCUCUUUGGCGGCAGAAAAUGAAGGGCGGCAGUGUCUCCGUGCUGCUGGCCCUCUCGAGUCGAUCCCAAAGCUAGGAUGACUGCUGCUUCUUCUUCCUGGGCGCCGAGUCCCUCCGGAAGCUCGGUGGCGGACCCUUGUUCCAAGCCGAAGGGCGUGGGUUCUGACCGGGUACAUGUCGCUUCACCGGCUGGGGCCCCAAGCUGGCGGGCGCUGCAGUCCUCUUAGGGGGAGGCGCUGGUGCCGGUUUGUGCGGAUAACCCUGUUGUUUGGGCCUCGCAUCACGCCUGGGGAUGAUGCUUCUCAAAGCUUCGGUUUGUUUUUUCCUCAGCUCAAACUUAGCUUGAAUGUCGUCGAGGGACUGCCCAAACAAACCGCUGGCCGACACAGGCUCGUCCAGAUAAACCGCUCUGUCCCUCUCCGGAACGUCGGAGAGAGUCAGCCACAGGUGCCUCUGCGCCACCACCGUGGAAGCCAUGCCUCUACCGAGAGACAGCGCUGCACAGCGGGACACACGGAGGAUGUAAUCUGUGGCGACCCUAGCUUCAUUGAGGAGAGGAGUAAGCGGACUGUCAGGAGGCAUACGCGAGCCGAGUUCCGAGUUUCCUUCAGACAUAUCAAGCUAUGUGUCUGGCGGAACUCGGCUCGCGUAUGCCUCCUGACAGUCCGCCAGACACAUAGCUUGAUAUGUCUGAAGCAUAGUGACGGAGCUCAGUGCACGAGCCGUAUUUGCCUGUGUCCUGUAAAUUUUAUCCAGCUGUGACGCUGAAAAUCUACAGUGCUUGGAUGGGAGCGUGAUGGGGCCACCGACACCGUGAUUCUGGGCCGGGGCCAGAUAAGCUGCCAGGGACGCCUCCAUAGGCGGAGGGUUCACCAAUCCAGCUUUUUCAGCUCCAUUUAGAUCCAGAAACUGUCCACAACCGGGCACUGUGGCGCGGGUGGACAGCGGCUUGUUCCAUGUCGAGGUUAGUUCCGCGACAAAAUCCGGGAACAUGGGCAAACUGUUCUUAACAGUCGUCGGUUCGGGUGGGAGAAAAAACCCCGAGAACCGCGACGGUUUUUGAGCUGGUGGAGGAGAGGGCCAUUCUACCUCCAGUUUCUCAGCUGCACGGCGGUACAGUGAGAGGAAGGAUGUGUCGUCCAGAUCAACCGGCGCAGCAGCGGCGGCAUACUGACCUGAAGACAACGGCUCCAGCUCAUCUUCCGAAAAACCCUGCACGUCCAGGCCGAUGUCCAGCACGUCAUCGUCCUCCUGGUAACAAGCUAGCCCGGAUAGCGGCUGGCCAGCGCCCUCGGAGGGGCCCGGCUCAAACCCAGCUGACCCGUGAGCACACUCCACAUGGUCUGCCCAGCUUCCAACUGAGCCUUCGACCAGAAAGUCCUCACCACCGGACUCGGACGAAGCCGGGUCUCUGGACUCGGAAAGGAGGGGGUCGUGCAGCGCAACAGCGGUUUUUCCAAGAAUUUUCUCCACAAACUUGACCCGCCUUCCCAGGGUUGAGCUCCGAAGCCGGUGACAGGACUCACACGACUCGGGCUCAGUCAACGCCCUCCUGGCGUGGACAAUCCCCAGGCAAACGGGACAAGCCUCGUGAAGAUCCUUCUCGUGAAGGGAGAAGCCGCACCCCUGAGGACAGGGGCGAACAGAAGACUUCGCCUUCACCUUCAUGGGCUUAGAGCUCAUAACGAGACUCAAAAGCUGAACAAAAUUAGCGCUCCGCGGGUAGCCGUAGGCUAACACCAACAGGGGCAGUUGAGCUAAAGUCGAUCAAGCAGUAGCCAGAGACAAGACCAGGCUAAUUUAGCAGCAGCUAGUUAGCCCGACUCGGUGUAGGUGUUCUCAGCGAGGUGAAGAGCGUAAGAACUGAAGGAUGACUGUGGUGUUACACGUAUAUAUGUGCAGGCGGAGCCUCCCAGACGUCACCACAGAUCAUCUGCCUUAAAGACGUGAAUAAAGGUGUCUUCAGUCAGGUCACGCAGGGGCGUGAUAUCCCAUACUAUAUGUGUUGUACCGAGUGAAUCGACUGAAAGGGAACAACACAAUAUUAAGUCUGGUUUUCAAGUGUCUAAAAUGUAUAGAAAAAGUAUUUCCUCCAAUUGUAGAAGUUUUACUAAUAUCUUUUUUCAUCGUCUAUGGUGUGUUUGAUGUCUUUUUCUCUUCUGUCUUUCACCUUAAACCCACAUUAAAACCAUGUAUCUUGUCACUGAUUUGCUCCGCCUGAAGCAGAUGCUUCUAGUCCAGAUCUGCAUAUCUUUUCAAAACCACUGAUUCUGUCUUUUGAUGUGAAGGACCCUUUAAAGGAAACUGCAGAGGGUCCCACUUUGUGGACGGACACAAUCGUGAAUGUUGAGCAGGAGCUCGACUGGCUCCGGAAGAAGUUAAGGAAGGAGAAAGUAGAUGAAAGUAAACAUGGAGCAUCUUCACUAAAAAUCAAUCAGACUGUGAUCAAUUCUACUUUAAAUUAUACAACAGCUCAGGAGGUAAGAACAUCUCACAACCAAGUAUGCCAAAUUUAGACAUUUAAUUGUGUUGUAUUAAAAAAAGCAUGUAAAAUAUUACUGAGCUGUUGCUGACUUUUUAAACAACUUGGAUUCAGUGUCUGCUGUAGUUUCAUGUCACUUUAUCUUUACCCUCUAUUUUCACUCUGACUCUUUGCUUUGUUUGGAAAACGUAUUGUUGUCCAUGCUUCCAGUUAUAAUUGACACUUCUUUGUUUCAGACAGACAUGUUUGUAGUUUUUUGCUCAUUAAUAUUCAAAUUUGCAUGUCAGACUGUUUCAGGGUUGCCAGACACUGGGUUGGAGACUGUUCUCCUCACUCAGGAAGACUCUCUGAAGAAAAACUCGGGUCAGAAAAAGAAGAAUAGGGAACGUGGGAAGGUAAAGCUACCAUAGACACACUCUUUGUUGACUGAGUUUUGCCUUUUUGACUUACCCAAUAAUAUCCUUACAUACUGUGCAGCAUAUCAACCAUAAGCAUUUGUUACUGACCUGAUAUUUUUCAAAAGUUCAAUCAUUUUUUAACAAUUAACUUUAAUGCUAUAACACAUAUCAAUGAAGGAGCAUACAUGUAAUGUAUAUUUCAGCUUGACCUUUCUGCUCUCUGAGUAUCAGCUGAUAUCUGUAUAGAUAUCUGCUCCCAAAACAUCUUUAUAUCACAUAUUUCUUGCACCAUUAUUUUUGUGUAACAUAAAAAAAACUGUUAAAUUCAGCAGCUGUCUUAAAAGUAGGAUAAUUACAUUUACAAAGAAGGUGCAUGUCCCCUCAGUAUUAAAGUGUCAUUUCAGCCCAAUUAGAAAAUCUUAUCAGAUACUGGAAUGAGUCCAGCAACAGUAAAUACACUGAAACAUGCAAACCUGCCUGUGUGCUCCUUUAGAAAUAGGUCUGAACCACAUGAUAGUUUUAACACGAAAGUUUUGCUCUGAUUUUUGAUAUUCAUUAACUACUUAUUCCCCUUAAAUACCUCCCACUUAACUGACAAUAUCAACUCAUAAUUUAAUACUUGAUCAUAAACGUCUGACGCAUGAGAAACCUUCAUCUUUUUUCUCUCUGACUGUGAACUUCUUAACCAGGGCAAAGGAAAUAAAGGACGACAUAAGAGGCAGAGACAACGCCUGGUAAUUGUCCUUAACAGGGGGGUCACACUAAAACCUGGAAACUUCACUCCUUCACUCCUCUUUUGCCCCUACUAAACAAAACCAGUAAAAUGAACUAACACAGUGAACUCACAGGUACUGGUUAAUGCUAACAUAACUUCAUCAUAACUGUGAAAAUAACAACUGUAGUACUACAAUUUGACAAAAGUGAUCAUGGUGCACUAACUGUUUUAAAGGCAACACACAGAAUUAACCAGUUAUUGUUUAUAUGGUGUUCUUCAUUCAACUAAAUGCAUGCAUUGUCUUGACGUCUCGUCAUAAUGAUAGCAGGUUUUAAACUUCUGAUUAAUGGGUUUCCUUUGGCUUUUUUAUCUUUCAGCUAUUGACACAAAUAAUAAUAAUAAUAAUGAUAGUCUGUAACAGUAUCCUCUUCUAACUGUUGCCAUCUCUCCUUUAUUUUAAGACAACUGAAGAGGACAAACAAGACGAAGAGGAGGAGGAGGAGUUUUAUUAUGGUGAAGAAUACAGUGAAGAACAGGAGGUGGGCAGCAGCUGCAGUAAAUGACUAAUUCGUGAGCGGUGGGAAACUUCAAUUUAGAGUGAUGAUUGAUGACGCGUUUGGGUUGUUGCAGAUUUUGGAGCGUUGUCGUUGUGGGUGUCUUCUAGUUAACAGACCUGUCAAACUCAUAAUGAGACUUGCAUGUUUUUUGUUUUUUUUUCAUUCCCGUGCCCACACUAAACUCCAGAGAGGGUUUGAUUAAUGACACACCCACUACCUGAAUUAAUUAUUAGAAAUAAAUGAGUUUGUCAUCACAGCCCACUCCAACAACCCUGCAUAUCAUCCGAUGAAGAGUUGUAGAUUUAAAGUGUUCUGAAUUAUCAUCUCUUUUUUUUAAAUAGGAGGAAGUUCACCCAGAUGACCUGUCUGUCUCUCAGGAGAGAAAAAACAACAGACAGGUGUGUUGGCUUCAAAUGUCACGCUCGUGCUUGUUUUGGUUGAAUUGCUAAUAUAGAAUAUGUGUUGUGUUUCUGUCAUAUACAUCCUAUAACCCUUACGGAUGAAUCCUCCAUUCCACUUGUUAGAAAGGUGAAUAAUAAUCAGUCUAUAACCAAAUCUCUUUCAUGUUGCAUGACUGCACUUUGAUGGAAAUGGAGAAAAGACAGCUGAGCUCAGUUGUGUGCUGUACCUGGGAUAUAAUAACAUAUUCACGCUGUCUUUCUCUUCACAGGGGGAACAGUCAUCCGCACACAGUCCUGCCCAGUUAGAAACACUGACAGAAACCGCAAGUCAUUCCCUAAAACUCUCUUCAAAUAAAGCAGCAGAUACAACACUUGAUGUAAGAUGAAUUAAAACUUAUUCUUAACAAUAACUUUUUUGAAUUUUGGGAGACAGAAAGAGAAAAUGUGGAGAGAAAGUUGGGUGUCAAGUUACACUUCUAACAGAUCAGAAUCAGAAUCUCUUUAUUGUCCCGUAAAGGGAAAUUAGUUUUGCAGCAGGGCUCACAAAAGACAAGUACACAAUGACAACAUAAAUUAAAAAAACAUAGAACAAUUAAAAACAUAACAACACAAUAUCAGAAACACAUACACAAAACCACCUAAAAUUCAGUCCAGAGCUCGUACCAAAAAUGGAGAAAAACUACUACCAAGUAAUUAAAAGUGCAAUGUGUGCAAAUGAGCAAUAAUAGUGCAAAACAACAUGAGCAGCCUCAGGGUCAACUGAAACCUGAGACCUGAAAUCUUUUAGUCCUUCUCAUAGGGGCCCUAAAACGACGGCCUGAGGGUCAAAACUCCAACUCGGAUCUAAGUUGAUAUUCUAAGGUUGAUUUUUAUUCCUCUGUUUUAGCUUUAACUGUACAAAACACUAAAAACUGUUUGGUCUCAUUUGAGCUUCUUACAUUUGCAGAGGAUAAUGAGGAGACAUCAGACUAUGAAAAUAUAAAGACGUAGGAAUGCAGUUAUUCCUGUAUGGAUGAACAGUUUUACUGUCAUCCUUUAGCUUCUCAGUCACCCUCCUCUUCUCUUUCUAUAGGUUACACUGAUGACCACAGAGCCACCAUCACAGUCCACAGAAGACACAGAACAGGUACAGGGCAGCAGCUGGCCUUGUUGGCUCUUACGUUCAGUGCUGCAAAGUGGUUUAAACUCACCACUGCUCUUCACUUUGAAGUGUUUUCGCUGCCACACUCAUAUCCCAUUUGUCCUUUAUUGCUAUGAACAGGAUGAAGUGUCACUGCCUACACCACCCAUCACUACAGAAGAACCAGACAAGGUAGGGUUGUCCUAUUACAAGAUUUUAUCUUCAUUUACUGGAUGUUUCUGAAGAUCCUUGCAUGCCUUGGAAUGAAUAUCUCACUUCUUGACUCUUAACACUUCACUUUGAUUCGCUCUUGAAAAUGACUGACAGGAAGAAUAACCCAUGCUUUGAGUGAGAACUUUUGGACAUACUUAAGUAGAUCUCCUUCCUUCUUUUCUCCUUUGAAAAUCUCACCAGUGUAAACAUGUUUGACUAAGGCUAAUGUGAACAAAGCUGGAAUGAAAACAUACUAUUAAAGUUUUUAUAAUUCACAAACCAAAGCAUGAGACAAGUUAGCAUGCUUUUUGUUUCCUCUAAAGGUUGGUUUCUAUGGGAAUGAGCCAUAAAAAAAACCUAUGGUCCCGCUCUUGAGGAAUGAUUUUUCACUAAAUAGAUAUUCCAGAGAGUUACUUUUAAUACUUUCUCUCUCUGUUUUUUUUUUAAACAGGACCUUUCUUAAUUCUCAAGAGACUGUGACUGUAGAGCGUUAAAGCAUUCAUAAGAAAACACACAACACAUGGAGAGUGUGAAAAAAACUGUGAACUGUUUUGCUGGUGAGGAGCCCUGAACCUGACCAUGAGGAAGGACUUCUUUCCACACAGAGACGAUGCCACUCACCAAACUUCAUAUCUUUUCGGAGGGCUUUUUAAGAGAAAAUGUUGCAGAAUUUUCUUGAUACAGUCCAGGUUAUUUUCAUUCUACACUAUGUUCAUUGUAAACACCAGUAUAGCUUUUACUUAACCUUUUCUACAACCCCUAAUUUAUUUAUUAAGACUUAUAUUUCACUGGAACAAAUAAGUUACAAAGCUUCUGUCAAACGUGAGAACUAUAUGAAAAGACUUUUCGUGAAGUUUCUUUUGAUUUUUAUUUAUUUAAUAACAGAUAAUACCUUGUGUUAAAAAAGUUUAUUCAGACAGUAUUGGUACUAUGAGCACAUUUGGAGCCAAACAUUCUUUUCACUGGUGAAAUUUUCCCUUGUUGUUACA